CUCUUGUGUUUAGGACUCUAAACCCUGCGUGUUCUUACAUUGGCUUUCCGCCGUUGUCACUACAUUUCCCGGAGUGCUUUGCGAAUUCCGCCGCCAUUCUAAAUAGACGUCACGUCAGGGUUCCCCCUUUGAGUGGCGCUUAGCCUGGCUUUCCCAUCAGCCCCUGGAACACGGGUCGGCGGUAUUUCCGAUCCGCGCUGUUACCUCGUCCCCUUACAGCUCCGGGCGCCGGGAAGAUGGCGGCCAUGCUGCAGCAAGUGCUGGAGAGGGCUGAGCUCAGCAAGCUGCCCAAGGCCGUGCACAGCAAGCUGGAGAGAGCCUUCACCGACCAGCAGAGCGCCAUAGACAGCCUGGAGGCUCGCUGCGAGAAACUGCGAGUGGACUGCGGUAUGACCGGGGCCUGCAGCAGCGGGAGCCAUGCGGGGGGGAGACAGACAGAGAGAGAGAGACACACACUGCCAGCCAUAUGUAUAUAAUGAUAAUAUCAACUUCUCCCAUCAUAAUACUGGGAGAUGGGGGCAGGGCAGCAAGCUGACAAAGAGUGUGUGUGUGUGUAUAACCUGUAUAUGUACAAUUUUAUAUAUAUAUACACCAAGAGGCUGCACUCCUCUAAACAGCUGAUGGUUGAAAUUAAAUGUAUUGGAAAGCAGAUUGUAAUGUAGAAUAUACAAGUCGCAAACCUUUCAAUAAAAUGUUUGUUUUCAGCCUAACCGUUUGCGUAAGAAGAUAAAUAGAAAUUGGUGCCAAACGUGGUCACCACCUGUCCCGGCAUGGUCUGGUCAGUGGUGCCAUCACUGACUUUAUGGGAUACUUUAGGAGCCUUAGUAACUUAAUUUGAAUGAAGUUGUUAUGGUGUCUGGAGUCCCCAGUCACUGUGGUACAUUUAAGGUUUAAACCCUUCUCCACUUAUUUAACGUGUAAGAUGUGUCCGCAGGGGUCAGUCUGACACACUUCAAUGCUGCGUUGACAUUCAGCUUCGCCAACUCUGCGUGGAGACGCUGAAUGCUCCGCAUAAAGAUGCAUUGACUUAAUAUGAGGAGAUGCUGAUUGGCUCAGUGUGGUGUCUUGCUGCGCAUGUACAUUAGGCUCUCAAUGGUUUCAGGUUUGAUGAUCCAGGCCAGGGAGGCAGAGCGGGGACGGUGCCAGCUGCAAGGAGCAGCAUCAGAAACCGUUAAGGACACAUGACAUGUGUGACAUGUCAUGAUUCCCUUUUUAUUCCAGAAGAUUGGUCCUUAAGGGGUUAAACCUGUAGUGUCAGGAAUACAAACAAAGUGUUCCUUUAAAGCACUGGCAUCCAUGGCACUGCUGUAAAACCUAGCAUAUCUGUGCCAAGGGCAAACUGGGGCAGUGAAGUCGCUGCUCCCCCUCCUGCCGGGCUCUGGGGAGAGGAAAGGGUUAAAUCUUACCUUUUUUUUUUUUUCAGGGCGGGGAGCUCUCCGCCUUCGAUCCUCCUCUUCGGCUGAAUGCGCAUGCGCGGCAGGAGCUGCGCACGCAUUCAGCCAGUCUCAUAGAAAAGAAUUUCACAGUGAGAAGCACGCAAAUGCCUCUAGCGGCUGUCAAUGAGACAGCCACUAGAGGUUUUAGAGGCUGGAUUAACCCAUUUAUAAACAUAGCAGUUUCUCUGCAUGGAGACGCUGAAUUUUUCUCAUGGAGAUGCAUUGAUUCAGUGCUUCUCUAUGAGGAGGUUCUGAUUGGCCAAAACGGCUAAAAAUCGGUCAUUUUUAUGUCACAAAGGGGGUGUGGCCAGCGCCGGCAGACUCGCACAGCGCUGGAGAUAAGAUGAGUUUUGUACCUUUUUAUAGGGGGCAAGCCACCUAAAUGCUGGGUUUAGCACUAAAAAAGUCAAGAAACGUGUUUGUUCCUGACCCCAUAGUGAUCCUUUAAAGCCUUUACUUUAUGGCAAAUACUAUACUUUGUGUACUGUUAAUAUUCUUUAUAGGCAAAUCAUUUUUAGUACCAAUGAGCAAUGUAUUUUGGAAAGGCAGUUUUGUGUUGAGCGAGUCGAUGUCGAAAAGGUCGCUGUCAGGAAAGCGGUAACAGGUUUCAGAAAGGAUCUGUUUCUAAAUAUAACUUUUUGUGCUACAAAAACAGUUUUUUCUUUCGUGUGGUGGGGUUGGCCAUCAUCUUGACAAGUGGACAAAAAGGGUAUGAUUACCUCUUCAGUACGCUACACUAGUCAUAUGCUUCUCAACGAGGAGGAUGGAAUCCCGUGGAUUAAGAGCGUUUUGUAUUUGUCACGCUGGACAUAACACUAAAGUUUUAGGUUUUCGAAGGGCUUCAUGAGGAAGAAUAUGUAGUGGCUACCACACACUUAAAGCUGCUAAAGGAGUGGUAAUUGACAAAUGUAGACAUUGCUUUUUUUUUUUUUUACAAAACUAAAUGUAGCUCCAACUGACCAAGGUGAUACCUAGGUAUUGAUCGAUAGAUCAUUGGAUCUCCAAAGCACCAUCAGAGAUUUUAACCCUUCAUAUGCUUAAAAUUAGAUUCUUAUGGACCCUUUAUAUGCAAUAGUACAUAUAUAUGCAUAAAGAGUUAAUUUGGUGCAGUUAUGUGAUUGUAAUGACUUCAGUACGAAUGUGUUCAAAUAUUCUGUAGUGCUGUACAAAAAUCCAUAUAUCUUGUUAACCAAGGACAUUCUUGGUAUAGACAUUCAUGCACAACUGUCAUAACCACUGUACCAUUAUAAAACUGUAUGAAGUAAACAUAUGUAUUUAAUGUCAAUUUUUAUGUACUGUUUUAACUUCAACACACUUUCGUUAUAUAUCCUUCACAGAUCAGCAACAGUUUGAAGUUGAAAAGAGACUGAGUCAGUGUCAACAGCGUCUUGUAUCGGAGUCACAGGAAUUUCAUAAUCUUAGGGAAAAAUACAAUAAACAAAGUAUGAACUUCCAUAAUCUAUGUAAAUAUUAAACAUAAAUGGGUCUACUGAUCUGAAAUGUAAGGGUGCUGUAGCUUAAAUUUUGUUUUUAGUUUUGAUUGGGGGGGGGGGGGUGAUUAACACAGAUGAUAUUCAGCAGAGUCCCCUGAAUGUUUGCUUAAUUAACCAGAAUGGGUGUAAAGAUCAUGCCCCUGCAGUUUUACAUCUCAAUGCUCUGCCAUUUAGGUGUUAAAACACUUUAUUUAAAAAAAAAAAAAAAUCCCUUCCUGUCCAUGCAAUCCUAGCUACACCUCUCCUGCCUGUGACUUACAAAGCCUGCGUUAAAAUUGUUUUCAUUUUCAAGCAGAUGUUAGCUUGCUUUAGAAGUUUGUAUAUGCUACUCUGUAAAAUGAGCUUUAAUUACAUACAGGAGGCUCCUUCAUGAUCUAUUAACAGAGCUGGAUAUAAGAGAUUCAAAAUUAAACAGACUGUGCAAUAAAGGAAGUCUAAAUAUUAGAUCUCUCUUUACAGGAAGUGUUUAAAUGGCAAAAAACUGAGCAGUGAGUGUGCAGAGGCAUGAGCUAGACACAAACUGCUUCAUUAAGCUAAAGUUCUAUAGUAUCCCUUUAAACUAUUCCUGCCUGCAGUAGGAAAAACUGGAGCACCUAAGAAUGCAGGCAGAGAAAGGGACAUGGUGGAUCCCAUGUAAGAAUUCAAACCAUCUGGAAAUGGUUUUUCUCCUUCAAGUGGGGAGCACCAAGUCUCUCUUGGCACAGUUAUCACUGCAGGUUUCUUUAAUGGUGCUUGAUGUUCUUUUAACCCCACACUUAAGCUAUGUUAUAUCCGCUCAUAUCUAGCACUCUGUAAUAAGGAUGCAUUGUACCAACGAAUAGGCGUGUGUUUUUCUUCUCUGCAGUUGUUUUGUUUAAAAUAUAUAGUUCAUGCAAUAUUUGUUUUUCUUAAGUUGACGAGCAAAAAGAAUUGAAUGAAAAGCUUCGAGACAUAGAGUCUUCAAAUGAUCGACAUAUUGCUUUGCAGGUAAUUCUAAAGGCAUUCUUGUAUAAAUCUAAAACUUCUUAUAAAUUUUUUUUUCUGUGGAAUGCAGGAUAGAUCCCGUUCCACUCGUUUACUUUGCAUACCAAAAAUAAACACCAUUAUGUAGCUCAUCAGUGUGAUAGAGUAGCUCUUGGCUUUUCAACAAAGAUGCCGUAACUAAGUGUCUUUUUUUUUUUCUUUUAAGUACUCUCUUCCAUUCUGUUUCUCUAGCCUAUCGCUUGGAUGGGACCACUCUUUUUCUGAAUCACUUAAGUUUUCAGAUUAUCGAUAAAUAUAUUUAUACGUUGUAUACAGUUACUGCAUUUUGUACCAAUUUUCAGCUAGCUGUUAUCUCCAUUUAUUGUGCGUGAUGGUAAAUAUUCCUUUUAAUCACUAGUGAUUAGCCAACUGUCUGUCAGUGGUCCUAAUAGUUGGAUAUACUUUCAUUAAUUGUUAUAUUAUCAGUUGUUCCUCUGUACGUAAUACCUGCAUAACUUUCUCCCACACACUCCAGAGUCAAUUGACCAGGGCUAAAGAAUCUGUUGAAGCAGAAAAUCGAGAUUUGGUUCGGACAAAUGAACGAAGAGCUCAAGAACUGGAACAUUUAAAUGGUAUGGAAAUCGUAUAGUUGGAAAGAAUUAAAGUUAUGUUAACUGUAUUAAAGUGAAUAUUCCAGCUAGCAAAUGGGCAUUGAUAUCGCUCAAUGGCCAUCAGUCGGUACACCUUUUACUACAGUAAUAACAUUUUCUUGGCCUUAUUCUAGAUGAUAUAAAGCGUCUCAAUGAAAAACUUAAGGAAGCUAAUGUAGCAAAGUUGGAGAUGCAGUUGAAGCUGGAUGAGUUACAGUCCUCCGAAGGCUCUGUAAAAGUGAGUUGUUUUUGUUUAGAGACCAGUUUGUGAAUUAUGUUGAAUUAAGGUUUUUGUUUUGGGUGGGGAAUUUUUUCUUUCCCUUUAAAAAUAUUAUUCUUGAAAGGUCUUGAGUUCUUUGGAAAGUUGGUAAUUGAAUUACAACUCCCAGUCCUUACUGUGUCCAUUACUCACUGCUUUCUUGAGUUUGGUUUAUAGCACCUGAAGCUUGAAGUAUUUGUUUACUUUACUGAAAUAUUUGUUAUGGUGUGUUGCUGGUGUGUGGUUUUUUUUGUUUUGUUUGUUUUUUGUGUGGUUGUUUUGUUUUUUAAAAUUUUAUUUUUUGUUGUUGCUCUCCCAAUAGUUCCGUGAGAAGCGUUUAGAACAAGAGAAAGAGCUUUUACAAAGUCAGAAUACCUGGUUAAAUAAGGAAUUGCAAUCCAAAACCGAUGAGCUGUUGGCCAUUCACAGAGAGAAGGGAAAUGAAAUUCUGGAACUUAAAGGAAAUCUGGAAAACAAAAAAGAUGAGGUAAAUCUAGUGUGGUUUUGUGGGGGUUAUUUACUUUUUAUUUUUCUUCUUUCCCUACUGCCAAGGUGAUCUUGGAAAGUCCCUCAACAAUAAGGGAAGUAUAAAUCUCCCUUAUUCCCCAACCCACUAUGCUGGAGGUGAGGGCAUGUCUACUAAACCGUAAGCAGCCAGCAGCUGCUCACUGUGUUUAAAAACUAGCGAUGGUGAUAAAUCUGUAAACGUUUAGAAGGGACUGAACAUUACGUUAUGGGGGUUGGGCAGGUCUCUUGUUAAAACAAAUAAUAAAUAGGGAAUGGGACCCAUCCUAGUAUCUUCCCCUAGCCCAGGCCCCAUUCAUUUAAAUGUGAUGGGCUUUGUGGCAUCCUCACCCCCCUAUUGGUAGCAGGUGGGUGCUUUGUUAAUAUUAAUAAAUAUUGUCCACCCCUCCACAACAGAUGACUUGCACUGCUGAAUGGUCACGGUUAUUAGUAGAGACGCGCACACACACCCCCCACCCUCCCCCCCAAUCUGUCCGUGGCUGGUAGGCAAAUGUUUACUCAGUUGACCCUGGCUCUCGCUCUCCAAUCCCGUAAUAUUUCUGGAUUCAGGUAAAAAGCCUUUUUGCAAUUCUCAAGUUUAGUGUGUACAUCCUAGCUAUAUUAAAUUGAGGCUUCCAAAAGGGGAAUUGAGUUGAUGACUUAUUAGUGUACAUGAACCUACACCAGCUUUAACUUUGUUUUCUUUUCUUCAUUUUUGCCGGGGAGGUGUUUAGCCACAUUUUAUUAAACAAAAAAUGACUGGUUAUGUAACCCUAUUAAACUGCAUUGUUGAGCAGGGGUGUAGGGAAUGGGAAUACCUUUUGUGAUGGACACGUGUUUCAUUAUGCUCAUUUUUGAGACCACCUAUAAAUCAGUGAAUUGUAUUUAAUUUUUUUUGUUAACAAAUUUAAAAAGCAAUGCUAGAGUUUCUCAAUUUCCUGAUUUCAAAAUACUGCUUAACUUGUUUUUUGUGUUAUUUUUUUUUUUUUUUUUAUGGUUUUAAACUAUUCUGUUCAUACACUUUAGGGUUUUUAAUAUUCUAUUGUCUCUUGGAAUGAUUGCCUGCUAGUUGUCGUUGUUUUCCCCCUUAACUCUUUAUCCCCUGGCCAUCUUAUAAGGUCACCAGACUGGAGGAACAAACUAAAAGCCUCAAGACGUCAAAUGAAAACUUACAAAAACAAGCUGAAGAACUGAUGUUUAAGUUAAAGGAGGCAAGUAACUUCCAAUGCUAUUUUAUUUCUUUUCAUUUUUCUCUUGUGUAGUGUUGUAGUUUUAUUGUAACUUCUACUCUACAUGUUUAAUACAGUGCUAGACCGAUGUCAUACAAUGUUCCAGAACAUUUUGUGCUACUUUAGAGUGCCUCUAGGAAUGUGUGGUGUGUGGUGUGAUGUGUUUUUUAUUUUUUUUAAUCACUUCAUUGUAAAAAAUAUAUAUAUAUAUAUAUAUAUAUAUAUAUAUAUAUAUAUAUAUAUAUAUAUAUAUAUAUAUAUAUAUAUAUAUAUAUAUAUAUAUAUAUUUUAUAAAGGCCAGACACCGUUAAUCCAAGUAACCACGAAUGGGAUUGAUUGCAGGUACAGGAGUUGGUAAUGGGCCACUCACUUCUGAGACUUUAUUUUUAAUAUAUCAUCUGCAGAUGAGCUUUUGUCUUGUAUCUUUUGGCUGCAUCUGAGUUUCAUGAAUUUAAGAGUUAAAGGGACACUAUAGUCACCAAAACAACUUUAGCUUAAUGAAGCAGUUUUGGUGUAUAGAUAAUGUCCCUGCAGUCUCACUGCUCAAUUCUCUGCCAUUUAGGAGUUAAAUCAAUUAAUGAACCCUAGUCACACAUUCCUGCGUGUGACUUGCACAGCCUUCCUAAACACUUCAUGUAAAGAGUAAUCUAAAGUUUAAAUUAAACAGAACUUAAGGAAGGAUCGAUUUUCUUAUCCUUUGCUAUGUUAAUAGCUUGCUAGACCGUGCAAGAGCCUCCUUUAUGUGAUUAAAGUUCAAUUUACAGAGAAAGAGAUACAAUUGUUUAAGGUAAAUUACAUCUGUUUGAAAGUGAAACCAGUUUUUGCAUGCAGGUUGUGUCAAUCAUAGCCAGGGGAAGUGUGGCAAAGGCUGCAUGAACAGAAACAAAGUGAUUUAACUCCUAAAUGGCAGUGAAACAUGAGAAGCAUGAUCUAUACACUAAAACGGCUUCAUUAGGCUAAAGUUGUUUAGGUGACUAUAGUGUUCCUUUAACUUACAAAUGUGAGUUAAAAGUGAAUUCCAAAUUUUCAAAGGAGUACUAUAGGGUCAGGAACACAAAUAUAUAUUCUGACCCUAUAGUGUUAAAACCACCAUCUAGUCCCCCUGGCACCCGCUUAGCCUCCCUAAAUAUAGUAAAAUCUUAUUUGUAUUCAAGCCUGAAGCUGCUGGUUCUGUCCCUGUUUGCCUCAGAACAGCAAGCUGCCUGCUAACAUCAGAAGUGUUGUUCUGAGCCAAUCACAAUGCUUGACCAUAGAAAAGCCUGAAGGUAAUGAUUCUACUCGCCAGAACACCUUCAAUAAGCUGUGGUUGUUCUGGUGACUAUAGUGUCCCUUUAACCCCUUAAGGACCAAACCUCUGGAAUAAAAGGGAAUCCUGACCUGUCACACAUGUCAUGUGUCCUUACGGGGCUAAAGUCAAAAUGGCUAAACUUGAAAUAUUCUUUUAAGCCCGCUUUGAUUACAUUUUGGCUAUUGUGGGCAAAAAUGUUACAUCCACGUUUAAUUCUCCCUUUAGUAAGUGACCCUGUCGGACUUAAUGAUUAUAUUAUGAAAUGCUCAAAAUUUUUGAUUGAUCUGCUUUAAAGUUUAAUGCAUGAUAUUGAUAUUUGACUAACAUUUAGGCUUUAUGGUUAAAAAGAAAAAAAGUGGUAUGCUAUCUUGAUUUCUAGGCAGUUUAUCUGGAAAAUUGUACUUUAUAUAACUGGGGGCAAAUACAUUUAAAACCUUUUUUUUUUUUUUUUUAAAUAUUAUUUACUAACCCUUGCCCUCUGCUUAAUAUAAGUUUUGUGUUGUGUCUUCUUCCCACUAUAGGCAAAAGAGCAGCAUGCAAGUAUGGAAGAGAAGUUUCACAGUGAAUUGAACGCAAAUAUUAAGCUUUGCAAUCUCUACAAGGUAUGUGUCUGUUAUAUUUGUUUUACUACAGUUCUUCAAAUGCUACGUAGCCUCAAGUCAUAUUGCAUGUUUAAACAGAAAAAACAAUAAACCGCUCUUCUCUAAACAAUAGCGUAAAAAAUAUCACACAUCCUAAAAAAUACACCAAAGAUAAAGUCUUUAAAAAGGGGAUCCACAAAUGGGGGUGAAAAAAAAUGAAAAGAAAUAAAAUAAAAAAAAUAAAAGUCCAAUUAGUUUGCAAGAUAAAUGCAAUAAAUUCUCACUCCAUCAAAAUGUUCGUGUUUAUAAAAGAAAAAGGUAUAAGUUAUGAACUCCUUAUAAGACACAUUUAGGUUAAAAAGUUCAAAUUUAUUCAAUCCAAUAUUGUUAAAAAUAAAAAUCUUCCCAUAUGAAAUUAGUAUUCUGUUUUAAAAGCACAAAUGCAGCCAAAAAGAGUCCAGACUUGAAAUACUCGCUGUCCUGAGUCAGCUAGAUGCUAUAGCUUCAAAGAUUUCAAAUGUUGCUCUUCUCUGUAGUUUGGGUGAUGGCUGUCAUUGAUGUGAGUCAGACCUCUCCAAAUGCGUUUCUCCGCUUCGGCGGCUUUAUCAAUUGAUGUGGUCUGUCUUCCUGUGUCCGCUUAUAUAGCGGCUGACUGCAUUUUUCUCAGAGCAUAUAACAAACUAGCAAUACAUCUUACUGUAUCAACUUAGUAGCACAGUGAAACUCACUUUAUGUACAAAGCUCUUAUGAUUUAUUAUUUUACAUUCUUACUGUCCAUCAAACUCGGCACAUUUACUGAUUUAAAUGUUUACACACAUUUCUAUAGUAACACCCGCUUUGAUUUCAAAUCUAACUGCUGGUUUACCGAUCUAUGUAGACAGGAAAGGGUUAGAGAUUCAGAGAAGAAAAAGAGCACUUGUAAUGUCUCUCUGUAGUUUACUCAAAGCCAUCACAAUUACUCAAAUCUAGUGAAAGCGUUGUCCUGAAAGUUAGAUGUCAGCAUGAAUUAAUUGAUCAUAUGAAAUAAGUAAUUUAAAAUGAGCAUGUCUGGGAAAUAUCCUCUUUGGAAGUGCCUAUAUAUUAUUUAGUAAUGUAUAUUUCCUUGGUUGCCAUUAUAAUACUCCAUUAAAGGAUAUGUUAAUCCUUUCCCAUUCUAAAUUCACCGAAAAAUGAGUACUCCUCUGUGUUACUGAGGACAUCCUCUUUUUGUUAUGUAUCUUAGAGCAUAAUCAUAAGAUAUAAAAUAUUGGUUAAUCACUAGAGCCCCUUCAUAAAAACUCAAGUCCAUCAUUAAAAUAGAGCUUUCUAUAUACAAGAGUGCAGGGAAAUACAAACAGAGUUUAUAGGUUUGGAAAGGGCACUGCAGGCAUCAUAACAAAUCAUGGACUCCUCAUGCCCAACUGCCUCCCUUGUCAUAUUGGUAAUUUUGGGGCAGGUGUUUAUUUUGCUGCUGUAGUUGGGUAUGAGCAGUCCAGGGCAGGUAGUAUGUGGUCUAAACCUCCAGUGAUUGCAGAGAACUGUUAUUGUUCUCGCAGUCCUGGCACUUACUAAUGCGUUAUUAAAUCUCAUGCUGGGAAUACCAGCUGCUACAUUCAAUUCACUGAGUGCUGAGACGACAAUGGAGUGCUCCUAUUUUCAACCUCCAGGGAGCUUAACCAAGAUGGAAAAAAUUGGGGAAAUGAGACCGUAAAUCUUUUGACUAGGUUUGAAUUUCAGUGAAGAUCUUAUCUUUAGGAAAUACAAAUUUUUGUUGGGGGAGACAGUCCCACUGAAAAUUGUUCCUUGAAAUAGCUGAUUGUGCCAAGAGCUGAAUAGGUGAAAUCCAGUUAAUGUUCCAUUUUAAAAUAUGAUUCACAUGUAAUGGUGGAGGGGAAGGGUUUGGGUUUUUUAGCUAGCAGGGAAACUACAAACUUCUGCAGCACUUUGUUUUGUUUGCUUUAAUUCUUAAUUGUGUCACUUUACUGGUUCUCUUCUUUAGAGUGCAGCUGAAGAUUCUGAUGCUAAGAGUACGGAGGUUACUAGUGCAAUGGAGGAACUUCAGAAACUUCUUAAAGAAGCUAGUGAAGGUAAGUAAAGGGCAUAUAGAUAAUGCUGACCAUUUCAUCAUAGAGAAAAAAGAACUCUACGAAUUAAGUUCUAUGUCCGCAAGGUAAUUUUCACAUCUUUUCUCACUGACUUAAAUAGUGUGUGUGUGUGUGUGUAUGUAUAUAUAUAUAUAUAUAUAUAUAUAUAUAUAUAUAUAUAUAUAUAUAUAUAUAUAUAUAUAUAUAUAUAUAUAUAUAUAUAUAUAUAUAUACACACACACACACACCCACACACCCCCUCCUUUUGGCACUCACAUCAAACAAAUCCAGGAACUGUCUGAAAGGUUCUCAGAUGAAAAGACCUAUACAUCUAAAUAAACAAGCUUGUUCAGGCCUCGGCAAACUAUGUAUUCACUCUUAAUAACAACAAAGAUUAAAGUAGAUUUGAGAUAAGCUCAGAAACUGUAUUUAUGAGAUACAUUUUCUAAAUUCUGAAAAGUGUAGAUCUACAGUGUCCGUGGAGGAAGUGACACAGAGCAUAAAGGAGGAAUCAAAUCACCAAUCGCUAAGUUGCAGUUCGAUACAAUAUGCAAAGUGAAAUGUGUCUGUGUAAUGGAUUAAAAUGACCGAAACAUGUUGGUGACUUUGUAAAUAAAAGCAUAUACAUUAAAUCCUAAAAAAAGUUAAAUAGGAGGUAAUGAAUAGCAAAAUUAUUGAUCUGAGAAAAUACAUUAGCAUAUACUAUUCUAUAUAACAUACAAUGAAUGUUAAAUACAUUGACAUGCAUAGUUUGCAAUCAAGUAGUUGCUCUAUAAAAUAGAAAAAGAAAAGCAGGAUACCUGCAUUACUGUGCGAUAGAAAAAAGGCCCCAAAUAGACUUCAGGUGCCAAAUUACAACACAUAGAUGUAGGUCUUACCCAAGUGCAAUAAUCAGCUCAAAAAAUGGGCAUAUAGCUAAAAGAGAGGAACAUGGGAAAAACCUUUAUUACGUCAUCCGACAAUAAAAGAAAACUGUGAAAAAAUUCACACCGUGGUUAGGCACCUAAAGUCUAUUUGGGGGCUUUUUUUAUUGCACAGUAAUGCAGGUAUCUGCUUUUUCUUUUCGGUUUGAAUAUUAUAUGGGGUUACUUUAAAAGAAUGUUGGCCCAGUGUAGAUCCAAAUGGAGUAAAUGGGGAUCAAAUAAGGGGGUAACCCUAGGGUAGUUAAUGAAUAGAUAAAGAGUAAUCUGUCCCAGUGCCAUCAUAGAAAAGGUCAAUAAAAUCCUUUAUUGGUAAAACUAGAAAAAACACACACGUCACAUAUAAAUGUCACAUAUACUGCCCCAAUUAACUACAAUGGUGGCGGAUGUGACAAGUGAUUAAGCAUUUGUGUGUGUGUCUUUUCUAGUUUUACCAGUAAAGGAUUUUAUUGACUUUUUCUAUGAUAGCACUGGGACAUAUUACUCUUUUCAUCUAUUCAUUAUAUGGGGUUACACCCCUUUCCUUACCCACUUAGUCCACUCUCUAUGGGCCAAUAUUAGUUUGACCUCCUAGUCACUCCUCUUUUUUUCUUGACUUUUGUGCUCUAUAAAAUAUUACAUGCAUUAGUGCUGGAUGUAAAGAACAGGAAAAACGAGAAGCUGAAAAAGGUGUUGAAGAGUGGUUGGGGGGGAUGAAAUGUGAAAAUGGUGUCUGUAAAGUGAAAAUCAAAAUUGGGGGGGGGGAGGGGGGUGAAGAAAUAAGAAAACAGAAACUUGGGAAGCAUAGAGCAAGAUACAAAUCAUGGAGUAUUAAAAAAAUGAAAAGUAUUGGGGUUCAUUCAUUGGCUGAAAUUGAUUUUACUAAUGCAGAAGAGUAACUUCAACAGCAGUAUCCCGGAGGGAGGAGUUGGUUGUGUGGGCACUCUGUUUGAGCUGUUAGAAACAGCAUGCUGGUACCAUAGCCAAUACUACACAAUUUUAUUUUCCUUUUGCCUGCAGUUUUGCCAAAGCAUGGAUUUUUACCUGUAUUUCUAUUACAAUUCAGUGCAGGGGUAAAAUAAACAACUCUCAGAAUGUAUCUCCUCAGUCAUUGGCUUAACAGCAAUACGUUGGUCAUCUGCUUCAGUUUGAAUCUUGCUAUGCGCUCUUCUUUUUAGCUAAUAAAUCUGUGCAGGACCAGUUAUCCGCAAAGGAGCUAGCGAAAUCCCAAAUGGAGACCGAGCUAAAAGAUAAAAUCCAAAGUCUGGAACGAGAGCUAGAGAAUGCCAACGACCUACUGUCUGCAACCAAAAGGAAAGGUAAAAGAAUAGGCCUCUCUGUAAAUCCCAAAUAGUGCAGUUAAAUGGACAACCUAGGGUAGAGGUGCUCAAAAGGUAGGUUCCCAGAUGUAGAACUACAAUUCCAAUGAUACUUUGAUGCUUUUAGAACAACAAAGCCUCAUGGAAGCUGUAAUUUUAAAACCUUUGGGGAUCUAUCUUUUGGGAACCCCUUGUCUAGGGUAAACCUACCCCAUUGCAGGUGCACAUAAUGGGCUGUUUAGAACUUAUGUCCCUUAAUAGAAUGCUCCACCCUAACCACUAAAGCAUGCUUAGGAUCUUCAAUUGGCUCUCUUGAGCUGAGCCCUGGUGAUUACUAGUACUGGUUAAGGUGUUUCAUUUAUUUAAAGAUUCUUUUCAAAAUUGCAAUCCAUUCUCUUACCGGAGUGGCUAUUCCUGUUUUUGGAAGUAGAGAUGAGUCUGCUAUACACAAACAAUUCAUUUUAACCUUUCCUUCUUAUAUUUACAGGAGCAUUGCUUUCUGAAGAGGAACUAAACUUAAUGUCCCCUACAGCUGCUGCUGUUGCCAAAGUGGUGAAGCCUGGUAUGAAAUUAACAGAGGUAAAGUGUGUUGUUUCUUAUCUUAUAUUUUUUUUUUUUUUUUUCUCCCUCCACCUCUUGUUCAAUUACUGAGACCUCAGGUGUGGAUGUAUGAUUUCACUCAUUUUAUUGCCUUUGUAAACAGAGGUGUUGUGUGUGUUUUCUUUUCUAAUUGUAUCAUUUAUUUUUAUUUUUUGUUCAUGUAAAUAAAGCAAAUCUUUGCACUGUAGUACCUUUUUAAAUGGAACCAGAAAAUAAAUAUUAUUUACAGGGGGUGGAUCUGUUCUAUUUUUAUUCACUUAAAUAAUUUUUUAAAUGUUUGUUUUUUAUUGUAUUUACUGCCUCUUAUUCCAUAAGACUAUCAAUAGUACAUCCUAAAUGCAUGUAACCUUCGGUUGUUUAAUCCUAGCACCUAACCUACAGGUGAGCAACCUUUGGCACACCAGAUGCUGUAGUGGACUACAUCUCCAAUAAUACUCUUAUGGCUAUAAUGCUGGCAAAGCAUAGGGGAGAUGUGGUCAACAUCGGAAGUGUGAAAGUUGCUUAGCCCUGAUAAACAAAAAUGUGACUUUUAAAGUCAAUUUAUAUGGGCCAUUCAGUCACAAUCCUAGUUAUAAGCCUACUAUGUAAAAAGCACAAAAUAGACUUUAUAAGACCACAAGGGGCAGAUAAUUGUGGUGGUCUCCUCUGUACAUGCGUUUUAUUUAUAUUUUUUACAUGUUUUUCAUUUGCAGCUCUACAAUGCAUAUGUAGAAACCCAGGACCAGCUGUUAAUGGAAAGACAAGAGAAUAAAAGAUUGAACAAGUAUCUGGAUGAAAUAGUGAAAGAAGUGGAGGCAAAGGCUCCUAUUCUGAAACGUCAGCGAGAAGAGUAUGAGCGUAUGCAAAAAACUGUAUCCAGUCUCUCUGCCAAACUUGAACAGGCAAUGAAGGUACUUUGAACCUCAAAAUGAAUGUGUUUUGUUUUUUUGGUUUGGUUUUUCCUCUUUUCUCACGCUUAUAAUUUUAUUUUUAUUUUUUUCUCUUAGGAAAUUCAACGCUUGCAGGACGACACCGAUAAUGCAAAUAAACGUGCAACACUACUUGAAAGAGAAAAUCAAAGAAUGGAGUUACAAGUGAAAGAUCUCUCUCAACAGGUUUGGCCAAAUCAUUCCAAUUUGCAUUUUUCAUGGUUCAUCUCUGUUGUAUUGUUAGCUCUUUUCUGUUGAAGGGCAAUAUUACCUUUUUUAAUGUCCUGUUCAUGCUAUCAGAUGUUGGAUUACCAUGAUUCCAAUCUUGAAUGGUAAUAUACCAAAUGAAGAGAACACUUUUUGCAUCUGUAACUUGUGCAUAGCUGUCUGACGUUUUUACUAGACAACUGUGACUUCUUUUGUCCUAAAAUCUAGUCCAUCUGAAAUGUCUAGCUUACUGGCAAGUUUAAAAAAAUGAAUGUGUGCGAUGUUGUAUAUGUCUUUCUAGAUUCGGGUUCUGUUAAUUGAGCUGGAAGAAUCAAGAGGAAAUCAUGUCCAAAGAGAUGACGACGAUGAUGUUAGCUCUGCUAACAUUAGCAGCUCCUCUGAGGUUAUAACUCGUCACUUGGUUACUUAUAAGAGCAUUGAAGAGCUCCAGCAGCAGAAUCAGAGGCUUUUGGUGGCUCUGCGAGAACUUGGAGAAACCAAGGAGAAAGAAGAGCAAGAAACUACAGCAUCAAAGUAAGAUCUGAGGCAUAACUUUUCAGAGCUGUCUUAGUGUCCAUACGACCGAUUUUGUUUUCCAUUCUGUGUAUCUUUUUUUUUUUUUUUUUUGAAGAUCAAAUUUUUAUUGAUUUUUCUUUUCUUCGUUGUACUGCCUACCACAUUCCUUCAAAUUCUUUACAAGUUUAGACUGUUAUCCUUUCUCUGCCUGUUGCGGUAAAAUAAGGUUCAUUUCUUGGUGCACUCUCUUACCACUUUGGAUUUCUGUACUGAUUAUACUAAAAUGUUUUUCUAGACCAUGUCACUAAAUGCUUCUCUUCUAUUUCUAACUGGAUAAUUGCCCAUUUCAUGUAACUGUCAGAAACAGAGCUUCUUAUAUUUCCUUGUUUGAAAAUCAACGCUCUGUUGCUCUUCCUUUAGGCAAAUCAAACAACCACUAGCCCAACACUUAUUAUAUAAUAUGCUUUCCUACAUUAAUCGUAACCUAUUAAAGUCGAUCCGUUUCAGACAAAAGUGAUGCCUGAAUUCUACAAUGGUCUUUGUUACUCACUUAAAUAUCCCUUCGUAUCCAUGGCAACAUUUAAAACACUCCACACACAAAAUUAGCAAGACUACAUCUGAGGAAUGUUCUUUAAUGUUCUUCCACUAUUUCCAAGACUGUUUAGAUGUCUGUUGUUAAAUUUAUCUAACAGAGUUCAUGUAAAAAAAAAAUACAGAAAACACAAAGCUGGAGAUGGCCUAAAUGUGGCUGAUCUGUGAUUUGGUUGUUUUGGCUCUUUUUUUUGUCUUGUUAAUGGUUUGUGCUUUGAUUUUUAAUAGGAUUUCUGAAUUACAAAAGGAACUUGAGGUUGUUCUCUCAGAAAUCCUACUGCUCCGAGACUCUCGCAGCCACCAGACUCAUCUAGUAGAGUCCAUAGUUCGUCAACGAGACAUGUAUCGUAUACUUUUGGCUCAGACAACUGGUGUGUCUUUGCCAGCCCAAGGUAAGACCUGGCAUUCAACUUUAUUCUGUGAAGCAGAGGUUUCUAUGGUUGGAAAUAAAAACUUGAUUUACUAAGAAACAAAAAGGUAGGGUGGGAGGGAAUUGUGGGCACACCCGGACCAUGCAUUCAUGUCCUGGGUGUGCCCACAAUUACACUUUUUGUGUAGAUUUUGAGUCCAAACCAGAUUCCACUAUGGGUGCCACUUUGGAGGUGACCACAGGAAAGUAUAAAUUUGAAGAGAUUCUCUGGACGUAUUGCACUUGGCAUGUAAAUCUCUCAUGUUAAAAUUAGUUAGACUUACUGAUAUUUGGGUACUAUGACGUAUUGGUGGGCUUAACACAAUAUGACCAUAUGGUGUAACUGAAAUCCCCAAUUUUUUUUGCUAUUUUUAGGUAGCCAUGUAAACUUUAUAUUUUUUAAUUUAUUUAUUUUUUGUGUGCUGUGUUCCCUAAUCUGUAUUUUAUUACUAAGAAACAAGACUGGUUGCUUGUUAGUGCUCAACUAGCCUAAAGUGACACUGUAGGCACUAUAAUCUGCUUAAUCUCACUGAAGCAGACACUGUAGCUGUAAAAACAGUUUAGGUCCCCUGUCUCCCUUUAAAAAGGUAGUUUAUGGGUGGGGGGGAGGGAACCAGACCAUCAUGCUGAGAGGUCGCAUACAAGACUAUCUCCUGCAGAUAUACGACAUUAAUGCCUGCAAAAUGCAAACCAUCUACCUAUCUGCAGUUCAGAAGCAAUGGUCCUGCGGGCAAAGAGGUGCUAGUGCUGAGGCCACUCUGAAAACAAGCGAUAUGACUCUUGAGGGCACAUCGGCAAAGCUGCAUCAGAGGCCUACCCGGGCCAUGAGUGAGGUGGAUGGCCGCCACCUCGCUAUCCUGCUCUUUGGGAAUUUCGACGCCACCCGGUAGGGGACUCGUUCCCCCUCCCCCCCUUUAGACCGGUGGGGGUCAUCCCAGUCCCCGGAGACUGUCUCCGCGACUCAUAGCACCCGGGUCUGGGGGAGCCCCAGCAACCAAAAUGGCGGACGUGGUGGUCGAGCCUGAAAUGGCGGUAAAAACUGAGACCACCAAGGCAUUGCAGAUCAGAACUCUGCAUGCGGCAAUAAUGGUGGAGGGACUCCUCUCCGCAACCGAGCUACUACCUAACCUACAAGCCGACCAGCAAGAUACCCCUGCAAUCCUGCAGCAUUCCGAGGGCGAACAAGCAGAAGCAAGUGAUUACACACGGGGAGCGCACUCACCCCUCUUGCCACAAACCACGCUGGACUCACUCCUUCCAUGCCAAAGGCAAAUUAAGUCGGGGGUUGGUUAAGCCUGGACUAUACAGGGACUCUCUCAUUGCCUGGGCUGCACGCGGUGGUGCAGGCUACUGUCAAUCUUGCCAUCAAAGCAACCUAACGUACUCUCUCUCAGCGACCCUCCAUAUCAGGGGUUCUCAACCCAGUCAUCAAGGACCCCCGAACUGUCCAUGAUUUAGGGAUGUCCCUGCUGUGUCUAAUGUGUUUUUAGGGGAGGCAGGCAAACACUUAAGACACAACAGGGUAAUCCCUAAAUCCUGGACUGGUAGGGGGUCCUUGAGGACUGGGUUGAGAACCCCUGCUCCAUAUGCUAGUGAAAUACUAUGUUUAUUUAACAAGCAUACAGGGCCUAUUAGUGCAGCCAAUCGCUAACACCUUGUACCCUACUCAUCAGUCAAACACUCAGACAUCCGGCUUACUAUUAACCGCACACAGAUGCCUCAGUCUGCUUAACAACAAAUUAGUCUACUCAUUUUACUCUUAUUAGUUUUAUGUCUCACUAUGGAUACUUCCUCUAUUUAUCCAUAGAAUACACUGCACCUGAGCAAUAUGUUGGCUAGUGCCUGUUAAGCCCUAAGUAUUAAGGCCCAAACGUAGUACAUAAUGAUGUGUAUAUGCUAGGCAGAUGUUGUGCAGAGAUGCAUGUAUACUCAGCGAAUCUUCACACUACUAACUACUCUUCUCAAAUAUAAAAAUGUGCACAGAUACUCAUGCCAUGCAAUUGUUUAUACUUCUCUACUAAAUUCCUAGCGGUAGCUGUUGUGGCAUUGCUAGAAAAAUGUUACCUGUGUCAUCAAUGCACGAAAAAUUAAUGAUUUUUUUUUAAAAAAAAGGAGUUUAUGUAACUUUUUUCCCAGAGCUGCUCUGCUCUUAACACAGCUGGCCCCACCCCACUCUGUGGCUGAAAUCAUCCAAUUUGACUCUCAGCCAAUGCUAUGAUUUCCCAUACAAAAGCAUUGGGUGUCUCUUGUGCAUGCAUGGCCAAACUCAGCAUCUCCUCUUAGAGAUGCAUUAAAUCAGUGGCUAUGUUUUUGUGUUUUUUACUCCUUUUUAUAAAAUUAGAAAAAUUUUGGGUUAGUUGAGCAUUCCCAUGAUUCCCAUUACUGCUCUAAUUUAACUAAACUAUGGGUAAAGGCUCAGCUCACAUUGUAUACAGGGUUUUGGCAACUAAUAGGCUUUUAUUCCUUUAUGUGCCGUAUAACAAUACUCUAAACAAAAUUUUAACUAACCCUGUGUCUCUGACUUGUCCUCAGAUGACUUAUCAUUCGCAACAACUCCUAGGAAAUCCCCUGGUGUAUCACAAAUUACUUCCACACCUGCUCCUACUAUUGUGGUUUCUGAAUCCACUGAAGCUGCUGAAGCCAAAGCUGCAUUAAAACAGGUGAGAUUUUCACAUGUUUUCUGUCUUUCCUAUUGGAGAAUGUAUUUUUAAAAUUUGGAUUUUUCAAGAACCGCAACAAAGAUUAGUUAUAGUGAUGAUUACACAACAGCCUCAUUAAUACCAUAUCCUGAUGGGGUUCCCCCCCUCCCCCCCCCAAUUUCAUUUUAAUCCAUAUUGCCAAGCCGUCUGGCUCACAAUAGCUGUUUCUGGGAUGAGUGUAAACCAAUCAAAAGCCUUUCUGUAGAAAGGCAUUUUCUCCAAUAUUCUUGGUCUGAACUGUUCAGGUUAUGUAGUUUAAACCCUUAAGGAUGGCGGGCGUUCUAUGCCAUCUUUUCUGUGGUGGCUCUAAACGCCGGAGAAAGUCCCUGCCGUCCUUUGUACUCACCGGGUCCCCGCGAUAAUAAAGGAAUUCCUCACAAUAAAGCAUUGGUUUUGUUAUGGUACUGUUGUGUACAGAAUCUUAAUUAGGUUUUGUUUUAUAUACACCCUAGUUUUUGCACUGUUAAUUUUGGGAUUUCAUGGUUUAAUUAAUUUUUCUAUAUUGUUCUAUCAUUAGGUUUUACUCCAACAACUUUGGUUCCUUUUUGGAACAAAAAUUGGAUUUCUAUUUUCGGGUUAGGCCCUUAAAGUUGGACACAAUUCAAGGACCUUAUUUGUUCAUCCUUUUUGAGAUGUGUUUUUUUUAUUUUUUAUUUAUUUUUUUUUACUGUAUUUUGAUAUUAAUGUACAUAUGUAAUUAAAUCAAAAUACAUUUAGAAUUAAGUUAUAGAUGCAUAUAUGUACAUAUAUUUAUAUAAUAUUUUUUUACAUAAUGAAGUCCUUUUAAUUACAAUUUGAGGCACUUGCCUGACAACACAGGCAUACUGGACAGAGAAUUUGGUCCACAAGCCCUAUAUUUGACCCUGUAACUUUCCAAGACACUAUAAAACCUGUACACAGGGGCUACUGAUUUACUCGGGAGACUUCGCUGAAAACAAAUAUUAGUGUAUUUAAAACAGUAAAAUAUAUCACAACUAUGAUCUUGUCAGUGAAGAUACAAUUGUUUGCAUUUAUCACACACAAACAGCACUUUUGCUGAUAUUUGUAUUCAGCAAAGUCUCCAGAGUAUAACAGUACCCCUCAUGUACAGGAUAAAAUAUAAGGCUUGCAUUUGGGUUUUUUUCACAUUGAAAUUUGCCAGAUUGGUUACGUUGCCUUGGAGACCGUAUAGAAGCCCAGGAAUGAGAAUUACCCCCAUGAUGGCAUACCACUUGCAAAAGAAGACAACUCAAGUUAUUGCAAAUGAGGUAUGUUCAGUCUUUUUUUAGUACCUACUUAGUCACAAUCACUGGCCAAAAGUUGCGUUCAAUUAACUUUUUUGCAUUUUUCACAUACAAAUAUGGACUAACUUUGGUCAGUGUUUGACUAAGUGGCUACUAAAAAAAUGUCUGGACAUACCCAAUUUGCAAUACCUUGGGUUGUCUAAUUUUGCAAAUGGUAUGCCAACAUGGAGGUAAUUUUCAUUCCUGGGCUAUCAUAUGCUCUCAAAGGCAACAUAACCAAGCAUGCAAAUUUCAGUGUGUGUUUUUAAUGAAAAAUGUAACCUGCUAUAUUUGACCCUAUAACUUUCAGAAACACCAUAAAACCUGUACAUGGGUGGUACGGUUUCACUGGUAAGACAUCGCUAAAUACAAAUGUGUACUUUAUUGUAGUAACAGCUAACCGUAUUAUGACAUUCAGUUAAAAUGUCAUGCAGAACUAAAAAAAAUAACUUUCUUUAUAUCUCACAUUUAUAUUUUAUUCAUAUUAAAUAGUGUCAUAUAUAAAUAUUGGAUGAUACAUGAAAGCUCUGUUUCUCCUGAACAAAAUGAUCUAUAAAAUGUGUGGGUGAAUGUAAUAUGAAAGAGGUGAAUUAGGGUUGAACAGACAUGGCGCAAAUUCCAGGUUUUGUUUUGAUCACAACUUGUACAAUUGGCUGAGUCCUUAAGGGGAUAAGACAUAUAAAAGAUAACCUGACUCUUGCAUAUUAGAUUUGUGUUUACAAACACUCCCUUGUGGCACUCAGAUUGACAAGUUGUUUACUGUAAGAAACUUGUUGCAAAGUUUUAGGUGUUUUGUUAUUUUGUACUCUGUGCAUGCAAUUAUUGUAGUAGUAAUUAUUAAUUUGUUGCUUCUCCUUCAACCCAUUAGCUUCAGGAAGUGUUUAUAAACUAUAAGAAAGAAAAAGCCGAAAAUGACAAAAUUAUAAAUGAGCAUAACGAAAAGCUGCAAGAACAGGUUACUGAGCUACGUUCUCAAAACACAAAGAUUUCCACUCAGCUGGAGUUCGCAUCCAAAAGGUAAUGAACAAGACGUUCACCUAAACAGAUUACAAGUUUUAAAGCAAGAAGAUAUUUAAUUUAUCAAUUGUCAAUAACUAGUGUUUUUAAGACUCGAACGUUCUGGUACAACUGUAAUGGUUCUAGUGCUUAGAGGUUUGUUUGGGUGGGUUAUUUUUUUUUUGUUUUGUUUUUGGGGUUUUUUCUGUGCAAGAAAAUUACAAGCAUAUGUGAAGUGCCACAACGUCAUGCAUAGAUUAAUCAACAAAAAAUUUAAUUUGGCACUUGGAAACUGCACAUUUUUUGUUAUGUUGAAACAAGCUAGACACAAUUUUUAGGUAUAUAGUGAAAAGAGGACACAAUAAACAUAUGACAGUAAACAAUGAAACAGGCUAAGCUCUAAGUGCUCUGACAGCAUGGGAGUGAUUAGCCAAGGUGAGUAUCCAGGAUGUGUAUGCAUGUUAAGGUAUAGUAGAUCAAUGUUAGCUUAAACAAAAGUAGCAAUAUAGGUAUGAGCAAAAUUCACUCAGGAAACCAGUGGGUCACACAUUUCUACAGUGGCACAAUGGAAUUUAGUAAGGCAAGGGGAAUAGGAAUGCAAAGGUAAGCAUUUAAUCCAAAGGUCAGUACUCCAUUGCAAACGUCAGUUUAGCCGAUGCCUUGGUCACAGAUACAUGUGCUUCACUUCCUAGGAGUGUUGGGAGCAGCAGUAGUUCAGGCUUGACGUUGUACACCUCCCAAGCCCUGGAUCGGCUUUCUGGAUGGUGUCAUGAAUCAUGAACUUGCAGGCUCACAGUCCCAGUUCUUCUCCGAUGGGGUAAGACAGAAGGCUGUGACGGUGGUAAGACGCAACUUGGAGUUGGUCCUCUGCCCGCGUGGUUUACGCUGCAGAGUCUUUUCUCCCGCGACCCCUGGUCUGGGUGAGCGGACAGCAGAGGAUACUUGCGUUUUGCUAGGAGGGAGGCCUGAGGUGGGCCCAGACGCCACCAGUCCCCAGCUGCUCCAGUUGUUUGUUUGAGGCAUAGGUGUCACUUGGGCUUGAUGUGCAGCUAGUGAAUCCCAGAAAUGGGUAAAAUGUGCAUCCAGUCGCUUCAUGAAAUGCUCAACAGGGGCAGGGAACUUCUCGGCUGCAGGGUUGCUCUACUGUGACCAGAAAGCAUAGCUGCCAUCUUGUUGGAGCAGGCUGCCUACAAGGUACUGUAAAAAUGAAUCACACCAGUGUUUAUUGAAGUCCAGUGGGGACUGUGAUAACCCCCACUGCUCUGGGGGGGGGGUGGGAAGGGGGUGUGUAAAAGAUGAUCCUGCAGAAGUAUAGCUUCACAUCGAAUUGGGGAGUGGCCACCUCACCCAUCGGGCAUAGGCCUCACAGAAGCCUCUGAUAAAUGCGCCCCACACAAUCAAUUAAAAUGAUAGGAGGCAUUCCAAUCGGCUCCUGGAGCAGGUAAGUCUCAGAUUAGGGCUUUUUGGUGUGCUGGGAAUUGGUUAUCUCACUAAAUGUGAAGAUCUAGCUUGGAGCUCGCACGAUGUGGGUUUUUUGGUUUUCAUUCCAUAUGUAUGUUGUGACUGAAGGAAAUCUGACUGUGUGAUGGGUUUGUCUUCCAGUUGGUGUGAUUUUUGCAAAUAUAUUACUUUUUAUAGAUAUGAAAUGCUACAGGACAACGUUGACAGUUACCGACGGGAAAUAACAUCUUUGCAGGAGAAAACCCAAAAGCUCUCUGCCACCACCCAAAAACAAGAACAGAUUAUUAACACCGUAACCCAGGAUCUGAGAGCUGCAAAUGAAAAACUUGCUAUAGCAGAAGUAAGUCUGCUCGCUCGCUCUCUUUCGCGCUCGCUCGCUCUCUUUCGCGCUCGCUCGCUCUCUUUCGCGCUCGCUCGCUCGCUCUCUUUCGCUCGCGCGCUCGCUCGCUCUCUUUCGCGCUCGCUCUCUUUCGCGCUCGCUCUCUUUCGCGCUCGCUCUCUUUCGCGCUCGCUCUCUUUCGGCCUUCAAAUACUCUUUUCGGCGCUAAAACUCUCUUUUCGCUUCGGCUCUCUUUUCGGCCUUCAUUCUCUUCGGCUGGCUAAGCUCUCUUCGCUGGCGGCUAAGCUCUCUUUCGGCUUCGGCUCUCUUUUCGGCUAAAUCUUCCGGCGGCUCGGCUCUCUUUUGUGGCGGCGGCUCUUUUAUUUCAUCUUUUGGCCUUCCAUUUCGCUCUCUCUCGCUCAUUUCCGGCUUUAGGCUCUCGGCUCUCUCUUCGUGGCUUAGCUCUCUUUCCUUCGCUCUUCGGCCAUUUCGGCUCUCUUUCGCUCUCUUUCGGCUCUCUUUGUCAUUUCUCUUCCGGCGGCUUCGGCUCUCUUCGGCUCGGCGGCGGCUCUUUGGCCUUCGGCGCUCUUUCGCUUCGGCUCUUUCGCUUCGCUUUAAAACUCUCUCUCGCUCUUCGGCGCUCGCUCUCUCUUUGGCGCUUCGCUCUCUCUUCGGCCUUUCGGCUCUCUCUUUUCGGCGGCUUCGCUCUCUUUGUGCUUCGCUCUCUUUCGGCCUUCGGCUGUUUUCUCUCUUUUCGGCGCUUCGGCUCUCUCUUUUCGGCUCGGCUCUUCCAGCUAAACUCUCUCUUUUCGGCUCGGCUCUCUUUGGCCUCAUGCAGCUCUCUUUUCGGCCUUCGCUCUCUUCGGCUUCGGCUCUCUUUCGGCCUUUUCGUCUCUUUGGCCUUCAUUCUCUUCGGCGUUUCGGCUCUCUUUUCGGCUCACCGGCUCUCUUUUAUUUCGCUUUCGGCCUUCAGCUCUCUCUUGGCGCUGAAACUCUCUUUCGCUCUCGCUCUCUCUUUCGCUCUCGCUCUCUCUUUCGCUCUCGCUCUCUCUUUCGCUCUCGCUCUCUCUUUCGCUCUCGCUCUCUCUUUCGCUCUCGCUCUCUCUUUCGCUCUCGCUCUUUUUCUCCCCCCACCCCCCUAGGAAUAAUAAACUGCUCCAUAUAACAUUACUGUGAAGAAAUUGCAUUAACACAAUAUUGCCACGAGUAGAAAUAUUAAAAUAUACUUGACAUUCCCCAUAUAAAAGGCCACUUUCCUAAAGCACUCCCACAGGUCUCUUAAAUAGAUUAUGUAUAUCUCUGCUGUUUUUAUACAGUUGAUAUUUAAAAAAAAAAAAAAGCAAAUCAAUUAAUUCUGUUUCAGUAGAAUUGACUUUAACAAAACAUGUGUCUGCCUCUCAAAUUUGUAUUGAUUAUAUUUCCUUUUCCUUAAGGUGAGAGCUGAAAACUUAAAGAGAGAAAAAGAACUCUUUAAGAUGUCUGAAGCCAGACUCACUCAGGAGCGUGAAUCUUUAAUAGCUGAGCAAAGAACACAAAAUCUACUGUUGACCAACUUACAAACCAUACAGGUCAGUAUAACAAAUAUAUACAUCGUAUGUUGGGAGGGGAAGAGAAGGGAAAUGCUUGUUUUUUGUUUUUAGCUUUAUGCAUCUAAAGCUGCUGGGAGCAUCCAUCUUGUACCUGAGGCAAGCUAUAAAAUUAGUAAGGGGAAUGGCUAGAAAAACUGCAUUUGAUUCUCUAGGGGGAAAAAAGGCACAUCAGAGGGGAUUUGGUUGGUGGAGGUAACACCCCACCGCUUUUUUUUUUUUAUGUGGGGGGGAAACCUUAUUUGCAAUAGUUUAGAAGAAACCCUAAGAUUAUUUUUUCAGAGGAAGGGGAGUGGGGUCCACUCACCCCUCACUGGUCACUGUGUAGAGAAGGUUUCUUGAGUGACUAGGCAUGUCAAAAAUGGGGCAGAUUUUAAAAUGUCCUGUUAUAGCAGGUUUUGCAAAUGCAUAGUCUGCUGUAAGGAUAAAUUUCAGGGUAAUGCCAUUAUAAAAGUAAGUGUACACUAUUGUCCUUUUCUUUCCACCAUUAGCCUUAGUAAUUUCCUGAGCAUUAUAAAUUGAAAAAUCCGAUCUGGUGUCGGAAUAGCGGUUCGUCAGCUCAGGAAGCGUUUGCAUUCUGAAAAGGCAGUGCUGCAGAAAGGCUUUGCACUUGCCUCUUUCACAAAAAUUAAGAAACAAAGAUCUCCAUCCAUUUCUGAUCUCUCCUCUGGGGAAUGUUCAAUUAUAUCAGAUUGCUCCAGUAAAGAUUCAGAGUUCAAGAUAGUUUUCUAUGAAUUUUAUUAAAGUUUGCAAAACCAAAAAAAUAUAUACGGUGGUUAAAAAAAUUAUUGUAUUCUUAUUUUGUGUGGCUGCCAGAGAGAAAAAUUAAACAAAUUUCUCUUCCAACAAAGUACCCACACAGGAUAUGAUUGCAGACUCUUAAUUAUUUGUUCACUUUAGAUUAGCAUGUUUUGGUCAGUUAAGUAUUUUCUAACUUUUCUUAGAUUUUUUUUUUUUUUAUCUCUUCCUAUGCCAUUCCUAUGCCUAUCUAGCACGUUUUAAAGGGAGAGAGCCUUUAAACCGUUUUAUUUUUUUGCCAGUCUUUUCCUGGCAAUAGGAGUUUCAUUUUCAUCUUUCUCUCAUUACUGUCAAUACUGAUUUGGCCUUUUGGCAAAUUUUUUUUUUUUUUAAUAUUCUAUCUGAAUUUUGAAGGAUACUUUUUCACCUAUACAUUGCUAUGGAGAUCUCUUAAUGUGAUUCAGGGAUAUAUUAACUUACCAUCCUCCGUUAUAGCUAUACAGAGGGAGUUACGUCAAACUGUCCCUUCUGGACUCUUAUCUUCCCUUUACUAGUAUCUAGCUAUCACUGUAGAUAGGUAGUCUGUUCCUUUUUUUUUUAUUUCCUCAAGCCUAUUACAGGCAUUUAGCAUAUUUUCUUGGUGUGUAUUCUGCCAUUUUGGUUACCUCUAUCCUUGCUAUACUCUCACAUUAACCUUUACUGGUCUGAGGUCACAUAUAGAGCCAUACCUAAUAACGCUCUUUCUAUUAUCUCUCUACUAGUAAGGUUGGAUAUCCUUUAUUUUGACGUAGGAGUGUAACCAAAUAACGUUAUUUAUUUCAUUCUAUUUCUAGCAGUGUAUUGCAGUAUCUGGUAGAUAUUGAGCCUGUAACAAAGUAAAUAUCCUAAGACUCAUUCCAAAUGCUACUACUAUUCAAAUCUCCAGGAAAUAUAGUGGGUUCACCUCUGGUGAACCUAUAUACUCUUUUUGUGUUUGGUUUUCAUUACUAUCUAGGGUUAUGCCCCGAGGGACACCUGGAGUCUCUCAUUGGUGCUUAGAAUAAUUGGAGACACUUGGGAACUGCUUUUUAGGUUUGUGUCAGAAGUAUUUUAAAUUUGUUAUCCUAUCUUUGUACGUUUUGAUUUCAUCGGGUUUCAAAACCUUUAGCACCAAACCUCAUUAAUCAUGGCAAGCUUUUUAUUUGACAAAUCUGAGAGAUCUGGUGUACUGAUACCGAUCUAGUAUUUUCAGACCAACACUUUUUAUUUUUUUUUAACCUCAAAGGUUACCCUGGACCGAUCUGACACAGAGAUCAGACAGCGAUACAACAACCAGAUUGAAAAGUUGGAGCAAGAGUUGGCCCAGGCUAAGAAGAAAUUGGAGCAUGAAGUGGAACAGAAACACUUGCUGAACAAAAACCAAGAUGUAAGUACACUCAAAAUAUAAUGGAAACAUUGCACAUGUGUUUAAAAAAACAAAAAAAAUACAGUUUUCGGUGGGGGAGAAGAUUAAAGAUAUUAAGGCUAAUAUUAUGAAAACCUACUUGCCAUCAAAAUAUUGUUUCCUCUCGUGUAACUUGAUUAGUGAAUAAGUUAAGACGCUAAUCAUUGCUUAAAAUUUCCACUUGCCAUUGGAGAGUGACAAUCUAGACCUGGUUAAUGUACCAUGGACUCUCCAGGCUUGUAGUGGCUUUUAAAGCCUGGCAAGUGGCCUAUUACUUUUUAAGCCCUGCUAUAAUUACAAAUAAAAUAUUUAGUAAAUUCAACAUGAAAUGGCCUAAUUCAUGUUUAAAAACCUCAGUGCUGUGAUUGGCAGAGUUGUAUCCCACCACUUUCCCUCCCCCAACCCUUUUUUGGUUUAGAUGAUAAAUUAGUUAUCAAAUCCAUAAAACUCAAUGUUAACUAAAUACACCACAUAGUGAUACAUGAAAAAAAUAUAUAUAUUUUUUUUUUUUUUUUUUUUAAAUCAAUUGCAGGUGUUUGGUAAGAUUUCAGAAAGGCCAACAAGUAUAAUUAGUUUUCAGGACACUCUAAAAAUACUAGACUUCAAAAAAAAAAAAGACCGAUUUAGAGUAAGUUAACUGUAUUGCAAAUGCUUCAACUUUUGAGUGGAUGUGGUCAAUCUGUGCAUUUGAAUGGGUUAGUGCUUUCACUUUUAACUUAAAGUUCUGCAAGACUUUAAAUGUAUUGAAUAAAAGUAUGGCAUGGCUAAAUUGCAUUUUAUUAUUCUGCUGUAGGUACAGGUUUUGGAUCUGAAAAAACAAUAUGAAUCGGAGUUAAAUCUGCAUAGUAACACAAAAGAACUUCUGAAAAAUGCAAACAAGGAAAUUUCUGUUUUGAAGCAACAGCUGAAUAAUAUUGAAGUACAGCUUGCAUCUCGUUCAAGCCAGAAGGCCGCUGAGCAGGGUAAUUUUACUCUCUGAUGCAAAGAUGCAACUUUUUGUUUAAUGAAAAAUUGUGCAAUAAAUAUUAAUGUGCCUCUAGGUAAUGACGGUGAAGAUAUCGAGGCACUUAAGACAAAACUUAGACAGUCUGAAGAGCAGCUUAAUGACAUUAAAGAGAGGCUGAAAACUGCGACCAGCAAUGUGGAACAGUACAGAACUGUUGUCCUUGGCUUGGAAGAAUCUCUUGACAAGGAAAAACAGGUGCAUUUUUAGUUAUCAAAUUAUUUUUUGUAUGAAAAAAAUUACUUCCUCAGCCAUCUGGUUGGUAUUUUGUGUAUUCCUUUUUUUUCUCGGGUACUUGUGUGUAUUGUAAAUCUAAUCUAGUUUAUGGCUAAUGAUCGUGAUAUUUAUUGCUUGUUUUCUUCUCCUUGUCGUAUUUGUCUUAUUUUUAAUAUCCUAUCUGCAAGGCUAAAAUCUUGUUGCGUAUAGGCUUUCACUUUACACAUUCUUGUCUUUGUUUUGUUUGUUUUUUUUGGUGUGUUUUUUAAUACUUAAAGGUCACUGAGGAAGCCUAUAAAAUGAUUGAGUCUCGUAUGAAGGAAGCAUCUGAGUACCAAGCUCAACUGGAAAAGAAAAUAAAGGAAGCAGAGAAAGAGAAGCAAGAGCUUAGAGAUGAGAAGCACAAAGCCGUUGGGAAUUUGGAGCAACAGGUAAGUCUAUGGGAACUGAAAAACCUAACCAUUACUAGCAUGUCUGUAUCAAUUGGAUGUGAUUACUACUGUAGAAAAGUCAUAAUCUGUCCCAACAUUGACUUAUAAAUGUAGUUCCCAAAGUAUGAGCAUUAUUUGUCGGAUUUACACGUUAUAAUUUUUUUUUGGGGGGGGGGGUUCUUAGACAUGUGGUUGUCUAAGACGUGGUUGCUAUGCUUUAACCCCUUAACGCCGUUACAGCUUUAAAGGGCUUUAAAGCUGUUGCGGCGGCAUAGAACGCCGUAACUGCUUAAGCCCAGGGGAGGUGAGAUCUACUUACCUCCGCCGCGAUCCUCUUCUGGAGGGCUGCCUGACAGCCCAGGCAGCCCUCCCACGGCAAAUGAGGCCCUCUAUAGCUGGCUGUGGAUCUGCCAGCAGGGGGACUGUCUGAAAAAUCAGACCGUCUCCCUGCUGGUGGAAAGUGUAAAAAAUAAACGGGUUUAAAAUUAAAAGUAUUCUUAUAUAUAUAUUAUAUAUAAAAUAUUGAAACAAAAUGUAAUAUAAAUUAUAUAUUCAUAUGUAAUUUCAUUCUAACUGUAUUUUAUUAUAUAUAUUUACAUAAAAGAUUACAUUAGUAUACACGUAGAAUUUAAAUAUCUAUAAAUGCAUAUAUAUUAUAAUUCUACGUGUAUAUUUAAGUAAUCUUUUAACAUAAUUAUGUGAUUUUAAUUAAUUAAAAUGUGAUUGACAUGCCUGACAACACAGGGCGAAAGUGCAGAGAAUUUAAUUCGCUAGCACUAUAUUUGACCCUUUAACUCUCCAAGACACCAUAAAACCUGUACAUAGGGGGUACGGUUUUACUCGGGAGACUUCGCUGAACUUAAAUAUUAGUAUUUAAAACUGGUAAACUGUAUUACAACUAUGAUAUUUUAAGUAAAAGUGACACUUUUUUUCAUUUUUUACAAACGAACGGCACUUUUAUGGACUAUAUUAUUGUUGUAAUAUGUUUUACUGUUUUUAAAACACUUAUUUGUAUUUAGUGAAGUCUCCCGAGAAUAACAGUACCCCCCAUGUACAGGUUUUAUGGUGUUUUGGAAAGUUAGAGAGUCACAUAUAUAAGGCUUGCAUUUCAAAACCUAACAGUAUUAUGACAUUUACAGCUAAAAUGUGAGGCGGAACUACAACUUUUUAAAAAAAUGUAAAAUUUCUCAGUUUUUUAUUUAUUUUAUUAUUUAUUUAUUAUGUUUCAUAGCUAAAUAUUUGAUAUGAAAUGAAAGCCAUGUUUCUCCUGAACAAAAUGAUAUAUAAGUGUAGGUGCAUUUAAUAUGAAAGAGGUGAAUAACGGUUGAACAGACAUAUAGCGCAAAUUCCAGUUUUUGUUUACGUUUUGUUUUGAUCAGAACGUGUACUAUUGACUCCGUCCUGAAGGGGUUAAAUGCUAGAUUUGUUUUGGAUUUUGUUUUCUUCACCCUCAGUGUUCCAUUCAGUGAAAAGCUAGGUUUUUUUUUUUUUGGUUUUUUUUUUUGUCAACCAGAUUUUUAAUGAGGCUUAUAGCUUAAUGUCAGAAUUCCAUCAUAUGGUAAUUGUGCAAUAAAAGCAUGUCAAUACAGAAAUUCAACAGACGCACACAGGAAAACAUAUCACCAACAUUACACAGGAGCCUCAUUUUAUAUUGAGUAAAAAUAAAUAAAUAAACAAAGCGAUAAACUCAGUGCAGUGAGGGUAUGAUUAAAUUCAUUAUAUAACACCGUAGGAUAGAGGCACUGGUUGCAGUAAACUAAGAACAGCCAUAAUGCCACGCUUUAUAUCUCUCUGAAAUUGAGAUUAGUAGAACACUGGGACCAACUGCAGCAAAACUAAAAAUCAAGAACAAGUAACCUAUUCAGCUGUCCAGGAGGUCUGUUAGGGGCCCAGGGUUCCUUAUUUUGUUCCUUAUGUUAGAUAACAUAUUCCGCGUAUGCCCACCACACAAUGCGGUGUACCCAACAGAGUAAUAUUACUCAGGAUCUCUAUAGUGGUACUCUAGCACAUUGCAGUGCACGUUGCCCUCGGGUCUGAUCGCGUUCUGCAACCCAAAAGUUCACCUGGGGUCCCCAUCCUCCUGCGAGUGUGAGCUGUUCCAAUGGAGUAGUCUCCGGUUGGACUGAAGCCUAUGGUGUCUGCUCACUGUCCUCCAGGAAUGAGGUGUCAGUCGCUUCUUCACUUUCAACCUUUCCGAUUUCUGAGCCAGGGGAGGAUGAUGUGCAGCAGUCGCCGGGUUAGGGAUUCCACGAAGAUUAGGACUCAGGACAUUGCAGCAGCUAUUUUGCAAUGGUUGCCUCAAGGAUUGUUAUUUAUAUAGCGCCAUCAAAUUCUGCAGCGCUUUACAAUGGGUAGACGAACAAACAUGUAGUUGUAACCAGACAAGUUGGACACACAGGAACAGAGGGGUUGAGGGCUCUGCUCAGUGAGCUUACAUGCUACAGGGAGUGGGGUAAAAAUGACACAAAAGGUAAGGAUAGUAUUAGACUGACAGUUGCAAGAGAGGAAUCAGUUGGGAGCUGUUAACAGUUUAAUUGAUAGGCAACCGUCACACUCCAGAUGUUGUGGAUUACAUCCCCCAUAAUGCUCUUACACAGAUGCUAGCAAAGCAUCAUGGGAGGUGUAGUCCAAAACAUCUGCAGUGCCGAAGGUUGCCUAUGCCUGCACUAGUGUGAAUAACAAUUCUUUGCAAGGCAGAAGACUUUUCAAUGGGAAUUUGGGGAUGGUGAAUAUUGUACUACAGGGAGUGCAGAAUUAUUAGGCAAAUUAGUAUUUUGACCACAUCAUCCUCUUUAUGCAUGUUGUCUUACUCCAAGCUGUAUAGGCUCGAAAGCCUACUACCAAUUAAGCAUAUUAGGUGAUGUGCAUCUCUGUAAUGAGAAGGGUGUGGUCUAAUGACAUCAACACCCUAUAUCAGGUGUGCAUAAUUAUUAGGCAACUUCCUUUCCUUUGGCAAAAUGGGUCAAAAGAAGGACUUGACAGGCUCAGAAAAGUCAAAAUAGUGAGAUAUCUUGCAGAGGGAUGCAGCACUCUUAAAAUUGCAAAGCUUCUGAAGCGUGAUCAUCGAACAAUCAAGCGUUUCAUUCAAAAUAGUCAACAGGGUCGCAAGAAGCGUGUGGAAAAACCAAGGCGCAAAAUAACUGCCCAUGAACUGAGAAAAGUCAAGCGUGCAGCUGCCACGAUGCCACUUGCCACCAGUUUGGCCAUAUUUCAGAGCUGCAACAUCACUGGAGUGCCCAAAAGCACAAGGUGUGCAAUACUCAGAGACAUGGCCAAGGUAAGAAAGGCUGAAAGACGACCACCACUGAACAAGACACACAAGCUGAAACGUCAAGACUGGGCCAAGAAAUAUCUCAAGACUGAUUUUUCUAAGGUUUUAUGGACUGAUGAAAUGAGAGUGAGUCUUGAUGGGCCAGAUGGAUGGGCCCGUGGCUGGAUUGGUAAAGGGCAGAGAGCUCCAGUCCGACUCAGACGCCAGCAAGGUGGAGGUGGAGUACUGGUUUGGGCUGGUAUCAUCAAAGAUGAGCUUGUGGGGCCUUUUCGGGUUGAGGAUGGAGUCAAGCUCAACUCCCAGUCCUACUGCCAGUUCCUGGAAGACACCUUCUUCAAGCAGUGGUACAGGAAGAAGUCUGCAUCCUUCAAGAAAAACAUGAUUUUCAUGCAGGGCAAUGCUCCAUCACACGCGUCCAAGUACUCCACAGCGUGGCUGGCAAGAAAGGGUAUAAAAGAAGAAAAUCUAAUGACAUGGCCUCCUUGUUCACCUGAUCUGAACCCCAUUGAGAACCUGUGGUCCAUCAUCAAAUGUGAGAUUUACAAGGAGGGAAAACAGUACACCUCUCUGAACAGUGUCUGGGAGGCUGUGGUUGCUGCUGCACGCAAUGUUGAUGGUGAACAGAUCAAAACACUGACAGAAUCCAUGGAUGGCAGGCUUUUGAGUGUCCUUGCAAAGAAAGGUGGCUAUAUUGGUCACUGAUUUGUUUUUGUUUUGUUUUUGAAUGUCAGAAAUGUAUAUUUGUGAAUGUUGAGAUGUUAUAUUGGUUUCACUGGUAAUAAUAAAUAAUUGAAAUGGGUAUAUAUUUGUUUUUUGUUAAGUUGCCUAAUAAUUAUGCACAGUAAUAGUCACCUGCACACACAGAUAUCCCCCUAACAUAGCUAAACUAAAAACAAACUAAAAACUACUUCCAAAAAUAUUCAGCUUUGAUAUUAAUGAGUUUUUUGGGUUCAUUGAGAACAUGGUUGUUGUUCAAUAAUAAAAUUAAUCCUCAAAAAUACAACUUGCCUAAUAAUUCUGCACUCCCUGUAUGUAAUCUAUUUACUUUUAGAAAAUUCAAAUAAUUUUACAGAAGGAGCUUCAUUAAUUUGUGUGUGUUCAUGUUCUUGGAUUGCUUACAUUUUUUUUCCAAGCAAUGUGUGAAAUUAUCUUUUGUCUUUUUCUUUUGUAGUUGGCACAACUCCGACAAAGCCUAUCCAACCUGCAGGGAGAAGUCCAGCAAGCUCUUCAGAGAGCCACUACAGCUACUAGCAACGAGCAGAAGUCUAGACAGGAUUGUCAGGAACAGGUAAGUUCCUAUCAGGGUACACUUUUAAUUGGCUUGUGCCAUUGUCAAGUUUGUUAAAACUUGUAUUUUUUAAUUUUACAUAUUUUUUUAUGUUAAGGCCAGGAUUGCUGCCGAAGCACAAAAUAAGUAUGAGCGAGAACUCAUGCUGCAUGCAGCAGAUGUGGAAGCCCUUCAGGCCGCUAAAACGCAAAUGGCCAGUACUUCUGAAAUCCGUCAGAAAUUGGAGGAAACGGCACAGAAAGCAGAGUCCCAACUUCUGGAACUAAAGGCAUCCUGGGAAGAUCGUGAGCGUGUGCUUAAGGUAAAGAGUGGUCAUAGUAAGAUUGUAAGAUUUUUCCCUAUUUUAUCGAACCACCUCUGGGAAUUGAGCAGUGGCCAUAGACAUGGUUAGGACUAUUUUAUUUUCCCUGGGGAUAUUUCAGCUGCAGUUCCUUAGUCCAAUCAAUGCAUUAAAUCUACAGGCCUGGAGAAUUGACUGUCACAAUACCACUGAGGUCCAAAUCCGUUCUGAGUUAACUGGUAUAACACGUCAGAUUAUAUAGGUAUCUUACGUCACAUUGCAUCACAUUAUAUAGACAUGGAUAAUUGUCAAAAUUUGUACUUGGCAAAAUCAUCAAAAGGGUCCAGAAAUGUUGAGGUUCAGUAGGUUCCUUAUUCUUAAAAGUAUGCAGAUUUAGGCAAUAGGUUAUACAUAUUUUAUGUGAUUUAAAUUUAUAUGGAUUAUUUUUCUAAGCAGUUAUGAGCAGUAAACCUCAAAAUGGUGGGUGAUCUCAAAAUUGUUGAUUUGAUUUUAUCCUAUCAGACCUCUAACCAGAACCCACUGUUAUCAAGGAGGAAAUAGCUCUAGUUUUUUAUUUUAUUUUUUUAUAUUUCCUUUAUUUUUUUAUUUUUUUAUUUUUUUUUACAGGAUGAGGUAACUAAACACCAGUCCCGCUGUGAAGACCUGGAUAAACAAAACAGGUUGUUACACGAACAGAUAGAAAGUCUCAGCAAAAAGAUGGUUGUCUCUGUUCAGGAAGGAUCUUUGAAUGUGUCUUUCAGCGAAGAGGGCAAGUCCCAGGAACAAGUAAUGGAGAUUCUUAGGUAAGUAUAGACUCCUGUAAAACGUCCUGUGAAGGACAUGCAUGUUUGUAUUGAUUGCAUUUUAGAAAGAUCAAUAGUUAAUAUAUAUUUGUCCCCCUGAAGGUUUGUGCGUAGAGAGAAGGAAAUUGCUGAAGCAAGAUUUGAGGUUGCUCAAGUGGAAUGCUUGCGCUACAGGCAGAGAAUUGAGCACUUGGAAAGGGAGGUUGAGGAGUUGCAGGGCAGUCUGAAUGCAGAGCGUGAAAAAGUCCAGGUUAGUAGCAUGAAAAGGGAGGAUGUCCUAUGUUGCAACAUAACUUUUAAAUCAAACUCUGAGAUUGUAUUCACUUUAAAAAUAUUUUGGUUUCAUCAACAGUAGGCUUAAAGUGGCUCUCUUCCUUAAGCCCUUCAACAAUCAGAAGACAAACUAGUCCCUUUUAAAAAAAAUUUUUUUAAGGAAAAUAUAGAACGAAGAAGAAAAAAACAAUUAGGAGAUAAGACUCAAUUGAGAAAAGCAAGUUUGGGGUGAAAGAGCCACUUUAAGGCACACUCCACUGCUAUAAAUAACUUUAACACUGGAGUGUUGAACUGAUCAUUUAAAAUACUGUGCAUCUCCGUGCGGCUCUGCUCUGACUCCAGGAGUUCGUAAUGAAUGAUCUCCCAAUCAAACCAGUGCUGCUCAUAUGCUGGCAGUGUGCAUGCAUGGCAAUGUUCCUUACUGUGCUCACUCUGGACUAGUCAGGAUUUUGCAACCCAAAAGCUUUAUAUAUGACCAAUGUGUUUUUGUUUUUUUAAAUAUCUUUCUCUCUCUCAAAAUUGGCAAUUUUAUAAAGACCGAGAGGACACUGUUAACCCCUAAACACGGUGAAAUAAUUUGGAGGUUUGGAGUCCUCAUUUAAUACAAAAUAUUGAUGCAUUCAGAUAUAAAUGUAUUGAAUUAUUUUACAAUACAUUGUUUAAUGGAUAUAUUCUACAUUGUAUUAAACUAUAAAGUGUAAAAUAACAUUAUUUUGGGAUAUUUUUUGUGGGGCAUAAAGUUGUAAAUCUUACAACCAAAACAAAUGCAGUUACUCUGUCAAUGUGUGUGUUCUUGUAACACAGUAAUGUGUUGAAUCCUCGUUAGCCCAAAAUGAAGGCUUUCAGUGGCCUUUUUGAUACCACUGUGCAUUGACUCUAGUUUGUAAUUCAGGUGACCGCCAAAACAAUGGCCCAACAUGAAGAACUAAUGAAGAAGACUGAAACCAUGAAUGUUUUAAUCGAAAGCAACAAACAGUUAAGGGAAGACAAAGAAAAAUUAGAUCAGGAGUUGCAACAACUACAAGCUAAGGUGAAUUUUGUAUACAUUGUUUAUUGUACUUGAGUAAAUUAGUACAGCCCUGUGCACUAUAUUGACUCUCCUGAAGUAAUCUAGGUUUCCAAACCACUAUAAGAGACUUGUAUCAAUGUUUCAGAAAGCUUACAAAAGUAUCUCGUGUUUUGUAUUUUUGUGAUUGCUCACUGAUAGCCUGGUCGAACAGUACCAUAUGAAAAUGUUACUUUGUCCCCACACCUCCUCUUUAACCCCUUCCCUACCGCGGAUGUAUCCGGUAUAGUGUCUCCGGAGUAUAACAGUACCCCACAUGUACAGGUUUUAGUUUUUUUUUGAAAGUUUUGUAUAGGAAUGGGGUGGGGGGGGGGGUGACAAAAAAGAGAAAAUUGAGCCAAAUAGCUAGUGCCUCCUAAUGGGGGGUAACCCCUGUAAUUUAAAGGGACACUCCAGGCACCCAGACCACUUCUGCCCAUUGGAGUGGUCUGGGUGCCAACUCCCACUACCCUUAAACCUGCAAGUGUAAUUAUUGCAGUUUUUUUUAUAAACUGCAAUAAUUACCUUGCAGGGUUAACUCCACCUCUAGUGGCUGUCUACUAGACAGCCACUAGAGGGCACUUCCUGGUCCAUAGGGCACAAAUCCUAUGCUAGAGCGUCGCUGGAUGUCCUCACGCUGUGUGAGGACCUCCAGCGUCACUCAAUUCCCCAUAGGAAAGCAUUUUCAAUGCUUUCCUAUGGGGAGCUCUAAUGCGCAUUAUGUCUCCGCGGCCGGCAGACGAGAUCAGUCUCGCACACCGGCCAACAUAAUGAAGAGGAGCGGUAGUGACCUGAAACGAUCAGCGGUGGUCUCAGGUAAGUGACUGAAGGGUUUUCACCCCUUCAGCAACCGGGGAUUGGGAGGUGGGAGGGAGAGGGGAUCUGCAGUGCCAGGAAAACUGAUUGAUGUAUUAUUUGACUGGAGAGUCACUUUAAAUGUAACAGAGAAAGAGAAUUGGAGGUAAUUGCACAUAAUGUAUGCAGAGAGUGUGGAAUAACCUGAGAAGAUAAUGAAUUAAAACAUCACUUUUAAUAAUAUCCUAUUAAAAAAAAUUCGAGCUUCAUAACCCUAUAGACUAAUUUGUCUACUGAGGUUUUUUUUAGGGACUCGACAAGAUAGAGCCAAAAUAUAUCCUAAGUGGUGGUUGGCUCAAUAGGACAAUUUCCAGAAAUUGUUAUCAAUGCAUAAUAUCAUACCAAUCUCAUGUAUAAUGAUGUAUCUCUAGAGUUGUAACAUUUUCAGUAUUGUUGCAAAAGCUUGCUGUAUAACAUAUGUUCAAUGCAUUGAAUGGUGUCUAUUCCACAGUGAUGCCAGUAAGCUGUAAGGAAUGGUGUUUUUAUUUUAUUAAGUAUUUAUUUUAUGUUUCAACCACUGCAAUAUAGCUUGCAAGUUAAUGUAGGAUUGGGAUUUGUUGCAGGACAAACAUCUGUUAAGGACUUUUGUGUUUCAGGGCUUAAAAUUUCAAGAUUCAUGUCACUAGCUAUGCUUAAACAGUUACUCGUCACUGCAAGUCUUGGAGGGAUCAUGGCGUACUCCCAAGGGUGGAAUUUCUAUCAGGUCUAAAUUUUAAUUAAUUCCAAUGACUGGUUGCAAGUGGAAAUUUUAAGCCAAGGGUGCCCAAAGGUAGAUUCUUAAAUGUUUUAUGCCUCUAUGACCUCCUAUAAUGCUUUGCAAGCCUUUAGAAUGACAAAGCAUCAUGGAAACUGAAGUUUGAAAACAUCUGGGGAUCUACUUUUUGGGCACCCCUGCUUUAAGCCCUGCACAUAAAAAUUCUUUAUUGUGUUUUGCACAAUAUGUUAAACCAGGGGUAGUCUACAAUCGACACUCUAGAAGUUGUCUUCCAGAUUUCUCUUAUAGCCAUAAAGCAGGCAAAGCAUUAUAAGGGAUGUAGUCCACAACAUCUGGAGUUCCAAAAAGUUGCCUACGCCUGCGUUAAACUAUAGUCAAAUCUGUUAUAAAGUGGUUGCAAUAAAAGGGGCAUUACCAUCCGUUAAAAUGUUUCUAAAGUGUUAGACUUUUCAUUAAAGUAAAACACUUUUUGUGUGUGUGUGUGUAUGUAUGUAUAUAUGUGUAUAUAUAUAUAUAUAUAUAUAUAUAUAUAUAUAUAUAUAUAUAUAUAUAUAUAUAUAUAUAUAUAUAUAUAUUUAUUAAUUUUUUUAGAUUCGUAAAUUGGAAACAAACAUAUUGCCUCUGCAAGAAUCCAACUCUGAGCUUAGUGAGAGAAGUGGCAUGCUGCAGGCAGAGAAAAAACUUCUUGAGGAAGAUGUAAAGCGAUGGAAAGCUCGAACACAGGUACACAUUUGCUGCUUUUAUGCCCAAUAUGAGGUUGUCUGAAGGCUUUUGUUUCUCUGUAAACCUUGGGAUAUCCAAUUGGCCACCAAGGUUUGUGCAGUAUAUGCAAUUUUGUGCCUUCAGAGUAGACAUGAAGUUAUUCACUGAAAAAAAAAACUUUGAUAAAUCCACAAGAGAAAUAUUGGAGGUAGCUACGUUUCUCUUUCCCUCAAAAUUUGCAAAACCACUUGAAAGUAUCCCAAAGAGUACUUGCCAAGGACGUAUUACCAGGAAGUUUCUGCUGGUCUGUUUCAGCUGGUUAAACAAAACAUAAGAGUGGGCUGGGAAACUUUAAGAAUUCAGUAUAUUCAUCCUCAGAAAUAGAAAAUUGGUGAAAAUCUAAUUUGUGUCUGUUUACUAAAGACAUUGUAUAAAGUCUUCUGUUCUAGUUUGCCUUUUAUUUUUUGGUAUUCCAAUUGGCAAAUGGUCACUUGUGGAUGUUGGCCAUCCAGUUUGUGAAUGGUACACUAGGCUGCAGCUGUGUGUGCAUGUGUAAUUAUAAUGUGUCUUAAUUUGGCUUAAAUAUGAGCAUGAACGGCUAAGGGAAUACAAGCUGCCACAUAUAUACCAUUGCAAUAUUUUAUACAAACAUGUUAGUUGUUUAAAAUAUGAUCAUAUUUAAGCCAUUUAAAUCCAGAUUAUCACUACAAAAGGACUGCACAUGCGCCUAACAACUGUUGGUGAUUUUUUUUUAUUUCUUUUUUAAAAAAUUCUUUACCAGUAGCAUAUAAGCAUUGGGGUUUUUUUGGGGUUGUUUUGUUUUUUUAAAUCCUGUGAAGUGCUCUUCUAUAGCUUUUAUCUGUUGCAGAUUACUUGCUUAUUCCUUACUAAAGAUGCUAGUUUAAUUGCCUCUGGCAAAAAUUAUUUUAAUGUUUUUUAAAAGCAUUUAUUGAAUCAGCAAAAGGAUACUGAUGUAGAGGAGUACAAAAAGCUGGUUUCUGAGCGGGAUGUAAACGUGAAACGAAUCCAGCAGCUGACUGAAGAGACUGGAAAAUUAAAAACUGAGGUUGCCAGGUAAUGUUACAAUAAUCUGUAAUAAGAUUAUAAGAGUUGCUCCUGCCACACACAAACACCAGGAAGUUGGUGCAUAAUAAUUUUAGUUCUUGUGAGGCCAAACUGUGCAUGUUUAAAUGAUUAUUUUUGUAUUCUGUUACCCAUUCUAGGAAAGGUCGAUUGCUGUAAUAACAAUCUGUUAAAGGUUCAUAUUCCAAAAUGGAAUGGCAAAGUCCCUUACUGUUGGGCAGUGUACAGCCGUUCUAGCUAAAUACAUGUUUUUAUUUGGCAUACUACUUGUCAUGGAAGAUAAGGGGGUUGCAUGAUACAACUUUGAGUGCAGUGAUGUUGUUGCCAAGCUUAUAAAGAUUUGCCCAGUGUUUAUUUUCUGUUAAUGAACUAGCACUAAUAAGGCAAAGAAUAUAACUAGAUCGUUUUAACUCUUAUUUAAACUCCUAUCCGUUUCCAAUUGCAAUCAUGCUGACUAUGUAACACACAAAUCAUUUUGAUAGGAGUUUGUCAUGAAAUAUUAUUAGAACGCAUUGCAAUGUCUUAAAAAAAACACAAUUACUUUCUACAAUCCUUUACUCCCGUUGGACUAAUGCGUGUGUGUUUUUAUUUUUUUUAUUUUAGAACGAAUGCUUCAUUAAAUACAAGCCAGAGUCAACUUCAGAAUGUAAGAGAAGAGCUAACAAAAAUGAAAGCAGAAAAGGAAAACCUCCAGAAGGAGCUUGAUGCAAAAGUUGCAGAUAUCCAAGAGAAAUUGAAAACUAUAACCCAAGUCAAAAAGAUUGGACGACGAUACAAGACUCAAUAUGAAGAGUUGAAAGCUCAGCAUGACAAAGUGAGUUGAUAGAACAGAAUAACUAAGGUGGUGAGGGGGGGGGGGAGGAACUAAGGUAUUCAGGCAUGUACCAUCAUUGCUAAUUAAGUUUAAAAGUCCCUUCAAUGUGUAAACUUGCGGUUAUUACUGAUGGGUGCAAUUCGCGGAUUCCUACGGUGUUACCUUUAACUAUCACCAUUUCAACCUGAGAUACUGGAGUGUAUAGCAGGGCUUAAAAUAUACACUAGCCAUUGGCAAAUUAAAAUUAAUCCUCGACGAGUAGAAAUUUCACACUCGUUGUUAUGCUACUGACUUUUCAGACUUGCAGUUGUAAGUAAUGUGUAAGGCCAGGCUAGUAGCAUUCUAUUUAAAAUGUUAAAUCAAUCCUGUAUAGCACGAAUCCAAAAUGCAAAGCCUUGAUCAUGGCAUACAGUGUGUACUUGGCACAGAUGUUACGGGAUGAAAUUGAGUAAAUUACUUUUUAGAAGGUUCUUUUUUUUUGUUUUCUCUUCUGUUCUCGCUCACUCUUCCACCAAUCUUCUCUUUAGCUGGUUACAGAGACUGCGGCAGCUCAAGCAGAGAAAUCUGAUGACCAAGCUACUCAAAAAGAAUUGCAGGAGUUAAAAGAUUCUCUGGGACAAGCCGAGACGAAAACAACAACUUUGCAAAGCCAAGUGGAUAGCAUGCAGAAGGUAAAAUUUAAUUUACAGGUAUUGUUUGUUGGCAGACAAAGAGGGCCGAAUGGUUCUCAUCUGCCGUCACGUUGUAUGUUUCUAUGCAAACCAGUGUGCGUUACAAAGCAUUGCAAUGAAGUGGUAUUUUGCAAUAUAUUGCUGGAACUCACCCUAGUCAUUUUAAUGUGCCCUUCAUAGAGGAUUGUAGUUUUAAUGUUUGAAGUUUGUUUUGUAUUUGCAUGUGGUAUUAAUCCAUUGUGUAAAAUAAAAGUACUCUCAAUAUUUUUUUAUUUUUAAGACUCCUAAUCUGUUUAUUUUGGCAUGUGACCUCAUUCUUACAGAUUAUUGAUGAUAAAGAAAAUGAGCUAAAGGUUUUGCAAGAACAACUUUCACAUCUGCAGACAGACUUGUCCAAGCUUCAGAAAGAUUUAAAAGACAAAAGCAAUCAAGAGGAGCAGACACGGCUGCAGAAUAACGAAAAGGAAGAGAAGACCAGGAAAACCUUAUUUGCAGCUAGACAGAAACUAGCACAACUUACUUGUAAGCAUGUCUUCAUGCACUGGUUUAAUACAUUCAGUUCUAAUCCCGAAUACUCGUUUAAGAGGGUUAAUAUUAUUUUACAUUGCACUAUAACAUUUGCCAUGAUGCAGAGUUAUGCUGUUUAUUUACCUUUUAUGUUAACUGCCUUUUAUACCAGUUUUCCUCUGUUCCUACUUUUUACAACUCAUUCCUGGUGGUAUAUUAUAUAGAUUAUAUAUCUAACUCUUUUUCUGGCAUUUUGUUUUAUGGAAGGGAUAGGUUUGAUAUGCAAAUAGUAUAGGUUUUAUGUGUAAUGGCACAAGUGCUGAAAAACAUUUUUGAGACCUGAGUGGGGACUAAACGAAGGGCAAGUUGUUGAGGUUUCUCUGAGCUUCUGCCUGUUCUCAUAUUAUGUUUAUGCAUGAUGCAGGCACCAAAUUAUAGAAAAGCCAAUUUAUUAUCUUGCUUUCUCUUUGUAGCAAAGCCUUGCCCUCUGUUUGCCACUGCUUUAAAACCUUUAUUUUUCUCUAGAUGGAAAUGAUGUAAAAAGAAACCCCUUACAAUUUAACAACAUACUUGUCCUUUUAUUUUAAUAGUUUGUACUCAAGGUUUUUCCCCAUUUCUAUAGAUUACUCCAACAUUUGUAAUUCUAUUUCUGGGACAUGUCAGUUGAUUUUAUUUUUGUAUUUUUUUUUGUGUGUGUGUGUGUGUUCUCUUAAAGCAUCUAAGGACCAGUUAUUUAAAGAGAACGAAGAACUGAAACAGAGGGUUGGUGAAUUAGACCAGCAAAGAGAAGAACUGGAGGUUCGCAUGAGCGCUUUGAAAUCACAGUACGAGGGCCGUAUUUCCCGUCUAGAAAGAGAACAGAGGGAGCAACAACGCCAUCACGAGCAAAGGGAUGAGGCUCAAGAAAAUAAGGUAUGACAGAACUGUCACGAAAGAGUAAAAUGACAGGAAGGCUUGGCGCUAAGGUUCGGUUAGUAAUACAAUAACUUUAUAAACUUAGAAACAAAUGUAAUCCAUAACUAACUUAACCUAGAACCCAGAUUUCCAUUUCAGUGAUUUUGGUGCAAUGCUGAUGGUAGCAUGUUGAAGAACAAAAUAUUUUUGUCCUAUGAUGCCUUUGUAUUUAUAAAAUAACUUUUUUGCAAGGAAAUCGAUGGCUUAUUUUGUUUUUUUAUAAGAAUUUGAACCUCCAAACAUUGUAACUUUAGUAAUUUCAGGGCUAGGUUUUCAUUGCGUCACCAUGACUUUUUGAUUAGGUCUGUGUUAAAAAUAUUGGGGCUCAACUGCAUUAUUUCCCUCUACCAUGCUAUCCAUUCACCAAUGGGACCAACUUUGAGGUAAACACAGAGAACCCAGCUUAUUUCAACAGUAUAAGCCCUUAACAGCUCUGAAGGCAGUAUCACUGUGACUAAAUCUUAAAUCAUGGAAGAACCUAGGCAUUAAAACUAUAGACUACCUCAGUCACCGGGAAUCUAUAAAGGCCUUUCCAGACACACUACAGAUUGCCAAACUCAUCGAUAUUCCAGUACCUUUGUACAAAGGCAUGUCCAGCACUUAGACAAUGACUCAUCUCUACAGACACACACACACACACAACUCUUGUAUGCUGGCAAGGACUGAAAAUGCCCAAGGUGCUAUCCGUUUGCUACAAAGUACUAAAGGAAACCCUACUGCAGGAGACAUUCAAAUUCUCCAGACAGUGGUCUUUAGAAAGCAACCACACCCUCAUGACACACCACAUGGUGGGACUGCCCUGAUAUUAAACCCUUGUGUUGGCUAUUGUCUUAUUAGCUGCCUGAAACCUCAUAGCAACCCAUUGGAAGCAACACACCUGUCCCUCACUCCAAUUAUAAUAAAAAUCCACCUGUAUUACACCUAUGAAUCCAUGUACAUAGACUCUGCCCUACCAUAUAAAACCUUUCUAGACUAGGGUUCAUGGGUUAACAUUGCACCCGAUCAACCAUGACACAACUUUAACCCUAAAUGUAUAUCAUGGCCCAAAAAAGAGGGCUAUAAAUAAAUCUGGUACAUCAGACGCCCAGUACAAUUACACCGGGCGAAGAGUAAGUGACCUAAAGUCUUCCAGACUGCAAGCCCUCCUCCCACACCUCUACCAGCGGGCACACCUCUGCAGAGGUUUUCCCUAGGAACCUCAUCCAAGACUGACAGAUUGUGUGAUGACUAUGCACCCUAUCCCCUCUUUAUCCAGUUUUUCCUUCUGCACCACUUUCCUCCUACAUAUGGCUGCAUGUUAUCAAAACUGCUACUAAAGAGCUUAAAUGGCUAGAUAUCCCCUUACGGGCAGGGUCCUCUCUACCUUAUGUGUUUGUGUAUAUCCACUGAUUGUAUAGCGCUGCAGAAUCUGUUGGCGCUUUAUAAAUACCAGUAAUAAAUAGGUUUGUAAAUACAAAUGUUCUCAUUCGGUUUCUGUGGGUAUCUAGCCACAAUGUUUGGCUUACGCCACCUCAAACGUAUGAUGCGUAUAUGAUCCUAUUGCUUCAACACAUAAUAUAUGAAUCGAUGUUUGUUUGCAUUGACCAAUGCUGCAACCCUUUCCCAUAUAUUUUUGUGAAAAUCAAUUAAAAAAAAAAACUGAUGGGAAAAGUAAAAUAUAGAGGUUCAUAAGCACUAGAGGUCUAUCAUGUGUUGGUGCUUACAAUUGGUUCAGUCCUGGAAAUGGAGCAUGGCUACAAACAUAGCAUGCAGUUGGCAGUAAAACAGAUUUGCCUCCCUCUCUCCCUUUUUUAUUUUUUAUUUUUUGUGUGCAUAUUUAGAGUAACCUAUUUUUUAUUUUUUUUAUUUUUCAGCUUAGUGAACAAUGGGUUACCUUAAAAACUGCACCAGCGCCUGGAGAAAGGGGAACGUAAGUAAUUAGUCGUAACACUAGAAAUUGUGUUGUGUUUUUUUUAUUUUAUUGUGAGGUGUUCGUUCGCCCUUCCCACCCCGUCCCUCUUUCUCUUAGCAAACUAUUUACAAAGUUUUGAUAUUACUAAAUACACUGACUUGCUUCCUGGAGCAGAUUUAACGUGUUCCUGCACUUCUGUUAUAUCUCUCCAGCUGAAAUAUGCCACUCUCAGAAGAUGCUGUAAUAAAUCCUUGUUUAUUUCUCUCCAUAUCCCAGCUUCUCUCACAUAGAGCCUGUCUGAGGUCCAUCCUCUCCCAUUGUGGGCAUAGUUUUCUCAUAUACUGAAGACAAGCAAGAGAACCCACCUUGAGGAGGGUUCUCCUGCCAACAGAUAUGCUGAACACUGCCUAUUCAACUCUUUGCUUAUGUCACUUAGGUGAUUUGACAGGAGUGGAAAGAAAUUUUUCUUAAAUCUAUGUAAAUCUAUUCUAAAGCCAACGAAAAGGUAAUUGACUAAUGUGAAAAUGUAGAUAAAUCAUUGGAGAAAUCUGUUCACUUUCUGUUUCUGUAUUAUUAUUGUUAGGGAUGCACCAAAAUUGUCUGUCUAAAUUUUCAUCUGAAAAUGGGUUAAAUCUGCCAAAAAAUGCCACCACUUCUCCUGUGUGCAGUACUGUGAUAGCACUCUACAGCUAUCUCUCUAUAUAAACUGUUAAUAUGGAUAUUGUAAUACCCACCUCACUGGGUGUCCCAGCCCUGUAUCCAUUCCCUCUCCUUGCUCCAGUGUGCUCAGUGAAGCCACUUUGGGUCUGUCUCUUGAGCACAAUACCUGCUCACACUGCGGAUGCAGCUUCCUUCACUAUUACAGAACACGGAUAUGGUGUCACCGGAAGUGGUUGUUACCGAGUGGCCAUUUUGGAUGAGGGCAGGAGUUACAUUAAACUAGAGUAUGGGCAGAAUGUGAAAUCUGUUUGGUACAGCUGCAGAGUCAAUGUGUAACAUGAAGUCAUGCUUUGUAACACAUGGACUGAGUGUGAGUAAGACUGGAAAGGUUCAUUACAGACAGGAGACUUUUUUUCUAACCACUAGAUGUCAGCGUUUUACCAUAUUUAGAAGUACUGUAUUGGAUAUACUGUAAUAUUUUUAACACACCAACAUAGUCUACAGUGCUCGACAUUAAUGUAAUAACAAGUAGUUGCAAAAAGAGGUUAGAUGUGCAUAGACCGAAGAUGCUGAGUGCAAGACAACAUUUUAAGGGUAAAACAUCCCCUUGCAGUGAUUUAAGAUACAAACACUUCUUGAACUCUAGACUAUUUUUUGAGAUUUUGUUUUCUAAAAUCUUUUGUUUACUAUAAUACAUACUUUAGUCUUUUUGAUAUGAUUACUAUUUAUCUAAGUCUAUUUAUACUUUCUAUAUUUUGAGUCAUGCCUUGUAGACUAAGAAUUAUAGAAUUACUUUAUCAUCAUUAAGCUCCUAGUUAUUUAUUUUUUCUAUCGAAUACUUCUAAAGUGUACUUACCAUCUCUAGUGCAGCUGCAUUUUGCACACACUCAUCCAAUGAAGAGUCCAUAGUUGCCAGCUCUAACCGUAGUUCUUGCAUUUUCUAUUUAGUACAAGUAGUUCAGAACCUCCAACAGCCAAUAUCAAGCCCACACCAGUGGUAGCCACUCCAAGCAAGGUGACCACUGCUACAGCACCUGGAAACAAGCCCACACCAAGGGCUAGUAUACGCCCGAUGGUCACUCCUGCAACCGCAUCCAAUCCAACCACCACACCCACGGCAACUGUCAUGCCUACAACACAAGUGGAGACGCAGGAAGGUAAUUUCUUUCUUUAUUUUUUGCAUAGUUAAACUUGCAUGUGUUAAUUUGUAAUAGUUUAUUUUAAUUUGUUGCUACUAGAAUGGUAUUUGUAUGGUGCAAUGUUAAUCAAAUCAAUUAACCGGUUUUUACAAUUUGUCUUUUAGCCAUGCAGCCUGAAGGCUUAAUGGAACAUGUUCCUGUUUUUGGUAGCACCAGUGGAUCUGUCCGUUCCACCAGCCCAAAUGUUCAGACCUCCCUUCCACAAACCAUUUUAACUGUCCAACAGCAAACACAAGCCACUGCCUUUGUACAGCCCACACAGCAAACGCAUGCCACAGUAGAGCCAUCCACUCAAGAACCUGCUGUGGUAGAAGUAAUUCAGAGUUCUCAGAUUGAGAGGCCAUCAACCUCCACAUCUCUAUAUAAUCCAUGUAAGUUUUCUACGAACGCUAAAGGUCAAAUAGCACAAUCUGCUUGGCUCUCCAUUGUUAUGACUGAGUGCCACAGUUAUCUAGCCAACCAAAAGCCACUCUUAUUUUCCAUUUGGAAGUAUAGCUACUAAACUUGCAUUGUCUUAAUUUUUUGGACAGUGCAGUGUCCCUUUAAUGUUGCCUAAUAUCUUUCUGAUUAAUGAUCCAAGCUGGCACAUUUUGUAAUUAGUGGUGACACCUAGCCAUGAAAGGGAAGACCUCAAGAGACUGUAUUUUGUUUGGAUUUUAUCUGGCGGAGACCACAGUGCAACUAGACCCACCCAUAUAGUACGGUCUUGUAUUAUAAUAGCUUUCUGGUUAUUGUUCAUGGUAGAUAUUGUCACAAGAAUUCAUGUGGAACUUUCAAUCUUACUGAAGUCAGUGAGGCUCCACCACUGUUGUUCUUGGCAUGUACUCUAUUUACUCUGAUGCAGUAGUAAUCGUCUAAGAAACCUCAGAUUUCAGACAAGCUUUGUUUGUGCAUAUAUAAACACACAAUUAACUUUCAUAUCUGUUCAGAUACAUGUAUAGCUCACAUCAUUGCAGGAAUAAAGAUAUCCUUUGAGUACAGUGUUUUGCAAUUCUAGUUGCUUAGGCACUUUGACAGUCUUGGGUAGGAUCGUAUUGGCAAGUUUGGGUUUUCAUUCCUUUUCUUCCUUUGCUUGGGUUGAUGUACAUAAUUUUGUGACUCUAAAUGUAAAACAUUGGCAAUGGAGAAGGACCUGCUUCAGUUUUUAUGUCUUUGCUAACUGAACUUAAUUUAGUGUGAAAUCUUUAUAAAGGGAAAGAAUCAAAAGUUUAAAAAAAAAAAAAAAAUGUACUAUAAUGGUUAGUUUGUAAAUAGCUUGACACUUUUGGUCAUCCCAGUCAUCAGUUGACACUCAGCCAAUGAAUAUUUUUUUUUAAAGUUUCACAAAAUUCAUAACUAAAGUAGAUUGAGAAUUUCCUUUUUAGCUGUGUCUAUUAGACCAGAAAAAACACAAGUACCUAAAGAAGUGCAUAUCUGUAUCAUCUUAGACUGACAUGCAUACCAGCUGAAAUGGAAAUAUUACCAUGAAUAUACUUGAGCAUUUAGCAGGUUAGACAAAGCACUAGAUUAUACCCUGUUUGUCUUCUUCGUUUGAUGUUGGUAAUUUAUUGUGUGUAAAUCACACAAGCCUAUACAUGAUUUAAUGACAUGUAGAUCAAAGUUGUGACAAAUGGCCUUUUCAUUACUUUAAUAUACGAGAUAUUUCGGUUACAGCAACUUCUUUGGCCCCCAAGAGACCGCGUGAAGAGGGUGAAGAAAGCACAUCCGAGACAGUCGAGCAGUCAGUUGAAGACUUGGAUAUGCCUCACAAUAAAAAGAUUAAGGUCCUACAACAAACUGGAGCAGAGGUGUGUAUUUUAAUAUUUUAAGGAAAAAUUUGUAUAAAGUAAUACUAAGCAGAAGUUGUGUGUGUGGGUUUUUUUUAUAUUUUUUUUAUUUUUUUUUUUAAUCAAAUUAAAUGUUUGUUUAUUUAAAUAGCACCAGCAAAAUUCCGUAGCACUGUGCAAUGGGUGGACUAACAGACAUGUAAUUGUAACCAGGCACAUGGACGCACGAGAAUCGAGGGGUUGAAAAGUAAUUGGAAUAUGUAACACCUUUAGGGAUUUAGUCAACACAGAUCUAUUAAAAUAUUCCAUUUAUUUCAAAAACUGUCAAAACGGAAAAGUUGGGCUGAGAAGCAUUUUUGCAGCAAUGUUGACAGGAAUGUCUUUAAAUUUGUGUAGACAGCUUGACACAUUUACCCACAGUUUGAGCGAGAACGUGUAUGUUGAUUGCUCAAAAUGUCAAUUCCAGUGUCAAGUUGAAAUCAAGCCCUUUUUAGUUACCAAGGUCUGCUGGGUUGGGCACAUAGCAGCAAGGAGUAGUGCUUCUUCUGUGUCUCACUAUUGUAUGAUUGAUUGGCUGGGACCAGAGUACUUGAAGAAGCAUAGCUCUAGAAGGGAUAUAAAUACAACCCUGCAUCACAUACACUGACCUUUUAUGCAGAUGGGCAGAGCACCAUUUUUUAUUUAAACACCCUAAUUACACAAAUCAUAAAGUAUUAUUGGCUAAACAUACAAGUAUGCCUAUGCAUUCACGCACCUACAGGUAUUCCAUGCUGCCAGUGAAAUAAAAUGUAAAUCUGUAAACAAGAUGCACAUCAACUAUUGCAACCUUUCAUCAAUGUGUAUAUAGCAGAGGGAUGUCAAGGGAAUGUAAUGGACUAUAAUAGAAUUUAUAAAUGUCUUUAUUGCAGGAGGAAGUCAUAACAGAAGAAAUGGAGGCAGAAUCUCAGACUCUUAACCAGGAAUCACAAGACACACAGGUAACCUGUUUAUGUGCUAUGCUUGCUGUUUUCAAUAGACUUCUCCCUUUAAUAUUUGAUUAAGGCCAAUUAUGUCUAUUAGUUUCGUUGGCUCACCUUUUUCUUUCCCUUUUUUUUUUUGAUUAACUUUUAUUUAUCUAAAGUUUUACUGCGGUAUCUAUCCAACUGGAUAUCCUCUCCUGUCAUAUUGCCAAGUGGUUCACUUGAGACCUGUCUUAAACCAGCCCGUUAGAGUAUAUGGCUUUCUAGUUUCUAUCCUGGUGUUAUGUGGGGAUGGUCCUAUUAUAAUAACACAUUGAACUUCUCCUUCUCUGAGUCCAAUACAUUCCGACAUAGUAUUUUUUUUUUUUUUAAUUCUUUAUUUUUGCAUGACAAGAACAGCGACAUAGAGAAUGCAUAUUGGCUUGCGCAGAAGCCCCAUACAACGGUGUAAGCUAAGCACUUUUUCCCCCAAUGUUAGUACCCAGAGGUGGGGUUGCUCCGAAACGAUAUGUCGCCGUCCGUCACGGUUUUUACCCUAUAUAUAAGCCUAGUUUUACCGACAUAGUAUUUUUAUAUUUAUUGUACAACUACUAGUUGGCACUCGGAACAUCCAUAGUAGGAUUUUAACAUGAUGGAGGUCCUAUUUGAUUUUAUUAAACAGCUGGCCUAACUGAAGAAUUGCUCACAACCUUGUGUAAUCCUAUUUCUAUAGAUGACAGUGCCUAAAGUAUGACAUUUGUCAGUAGGCUUGUAAACUGUGUUGGAGAUUACACCCUAUAUGUAGUCACUAUUUUUGUGUAUUGCUUGCUUACUGUGAAUUGCAUUUGCAGUGUUUUUAUUCAAUUUGAAAGUUUAAAAAAAAAUGAAUCAAAUUGAUGGUCUAUCCCUUAACUAACCUUUUUGGUUAGCUAUCGAACUUUGCCAAAGUCCCACAUGUUACAGUAACCGUUUUAAAUAACCCCAUAGGGAAAGGCAGAUUUUGGGUUUAGUGUGUGUUAAGCAUGUGUGAUUAUUUCUACUGUGUAAAACAUACAAGUUCUUUGUUCCAGUGACUAGCCUAUAAAAAGCCGUCUUGGCGACAUAAGAACAGGUUUUAGUCUGCCAUUUGCAGUAAGUGUGAUGCAGCGUGUGCCAGAAAGCUAAUCCUAAAUCUUUACACUGUUUUACAGUGUGGUUCACUGGACUAUCCACAGCUUGAAGACAGUGAGGAGACUUCACAAUCUAUUCUGGACAUAGCAACCCAGUCCUCUGAUCAGUCCCAAACUGUACAAUCCUCUCUGGAUACCCCUCCCAAGCGUGCUGAUGUUAUUGUGAUAGAUAGUGAUGAAGAGGAGGAUGAUGAAAAUGAGGAAGACCAGGAGGUACAACUGUUGGUGGGAAAGCAAUAAUCACAAGUAGAAAUUUUAGAAUGUACCGUGAGCUGUACAAUGGUUUAAUUUAUUCUCUUUUACAGGACUAUGAGGAGGAUGAGGAAGAAGAUGACGAUGACACCGGCAUGGGAGAUGGUGAUGAAAGUAACGAAGAAACUGGAAGUGCAGAUGGAAAUGAAGCUUAUGAAGGAGACGAAGCUGAGGUAACUGGCAAUGUCUGUGUCUUAAAAAUGGAUGCAAUGAGUGAAGUCAAUGCUUUAACCGUUCAUAUCAAUUAUAUCAGUGCGCUUUAUGUUCUGGACCAGCUUAAGAAAUAGCCUUUCUGUUACGGUUGCUGGUGGCCAAAGGCUGUAUUUUCCAUUUUAGAUUCCCCCCACCCUCUCCCCAUAAUACCAGGAGUUUUUUUUGGUUAGAGCAACCCUUGCAGGCACCACUCUCCCUUUUACAACCCAAUCCACCUUCCGUGAUGUCACUCCUCCUCACUACAGGAGGAAGCAUGUCAGAGAUGGGGCUCUGGGUGGCUGGGAGAAGCAUACCAUUAUUGGAGGACCAUUUUGUGUGUGUGUGUGUGUGUGUGUGUGUAUAAUUAAACCGCCAGCAGUUUAAUCACAUUAAUAUUGAACCAUGCUCAUACAGGCUGAUGAACCAUGAUGACUUGAAAUCACUGAAGUGUAUAUGGUACUUGGAGUAACCCUUUAAAAUUAGAAUGUUACCCACUGCUGUCAUUGCUAUGACUAUCAAACAUGUUUUCCUUUAUAAUCUAAGGAUUUUUUUUGUUUUGUUUUGUAGGGAGCUGAAGGUACAGAUCCUGGUACAGAAACAGAAGAAAGUAUGGGUACAGGAGAUGGGAACCAAAGAGCUGCUGAUUCUCAAAACAGUGGUAUGUGUGAAAGCAAUAACUCCCUCUACCGCUACCACAUUUCAAGUUGCUGUCUGAAAUACGUUUAUGUAUAUGUGAGGUGUGUGUUGCAGUAUUGAGUCUGGUAAUGGAAAGGGAAAAACUUUAACCAAAUCAUGUGUUGAAUAAAAAAAAAUGCAUAUCCAUUUUUUCCCCUUUAGUAACCUCAGGUUAUUUGUAUAUAUGAUUCACAGAUCUCCACGGUGAUAUUGCUAGUCGUGUGUUUAAGACGAGAAAUUUUAAAUUGUACAGUGAUUGAAUGCAAUUGUCAGUUCAUUGUUUCACCUAAUAAAACAAAUCUGUUCUGACUUCCAUAGGCAGGGUACAUGUGAGUCUCUGUGUCCCUUUACUGAUGCUACUUUAUAUAAUUAUAUGGUUUUGAUGAGCAAUGUCUUAGAGUAAUUGCUACUGCAACCGUUUGGAAAGAGUGUGUGUUUGAAUAUAUGGUUAAAAAUGCAUAGAACUGUCAAGUUAAUAUUGCAUGCAUUCUACAUUUAGAAAUGCAAUUGUUACUUUUAGGUGACACUGGGCCUGCUGAGUCUACUUUCACACAAGAGGCACAAGAGCAACCAUCAUCUGCUUCAGACAGAGUAUGCCCCCGUCCUCCCCAGUCACCUCGAAGACCACCUCAUCCACUCCCUCCUCGUCUAACAAUCCAUGCUCCACCACAGGAAUUGGGACCACCGCCACAGGUAUGGACACGAACACUAUUUACCUUUGUAUUGCUAACACUAUAGUGUUCCUUUAAGUAAAGCACACCGUUUUACAAAACUUAAAACUAAUAAAUGUUAAUACUGGAUCUCUCAUCUGUAUUUAUAGAACCAUUUUUAUUUGAAUUCAUGUUGGUGUAGGUGUUGAGCACUGCACUUUUGCUAAUAUUCAGUCAUCUUAGAAAACAAUCAAACUAUUAUACCUCCUAUGCAUUAGAGAAGAGUAUUCAGCUAUUGUGAGCAACAUUUUUGUAAAGCUGUCAUUGCCUUACUGCUACAAUUAUCAUUUGAUGUGUAGAAGACAAACAUGGAUGUAUUGGGGAGGGGGGGGUUGGUUGUGUUUUGUUUUUUUGCAUUUUGUUGGAAUGAAUACAGUAAAGUUUAGUCCAUAUUCAAUUAGAAGCAGCAACACAGGUGUAUGCCGAUGGUUGGUUAAAAUGUAUUGUUCAUAAUGCCUUGUCUACCAAUGUCUUCCAUUUUAGAGAAUACAAAUGGCACGCAGGCAGUCUGUUGGGCGUGGCCUUCAGUUAACCCCUGGCAUUGGUGGAAUGGUAAGUUAAAAUGUGGAUUAUGAUUUAACAACUGUACAGAGCUUGAGCUAUGCACUCAUGUUGGCAAUUUCUGUACAUUUUCAAAUUGGGAAGUAUCAUUUACUGCCUCUUUUGUCCAGCGAACCUGUCCUCAUCGUUAAAGGACCAGUCCAGACACCUAAAUCACUGUUAGCCUGCUGAAGUGUUUUGUGUGAACAGGUCUUACUCAAUUACUCAGAGCAUCUGCCUUGCAAAGACUUCUCAUUGAGCUACAGUCUAUUGGUAUACAUGGAUUGUAGAUUGAUCAUGAGUCAGGAGAGAUAUUCAGUUACCCACAGGAGAAGUACCUUGAUGAGGACAACUGGUGACAUGAGCAAUUCUGCAGUAAAAUAUACGCUUUUCACCGAUAGUUGGUCUGAAGUUUAUUUUCUAUAUCUGAGCUAGGCAACCAUUGGCACUCCAGAUGUGGUGGACUAAAUCUCCUAUAAUCUUACUGCUAUAAUACUAGCAAAGCAAGGGGGGUGCAGUCCACAUCAUCUGAAAUGCUGAUGGUUUCCUACCUCUGAUUCCUCCUCCUUUCCCUUUUCCGAGAGUAACAAGGAAGAUCUGUCCUCCAUUGCCUUUUUUUUCCCCCAGUUUAACAACAUUGCCUUAUUCCCUUACCUCUAUUUCUUUGGAAGAAGGCUUUGGAUUGUGCAUAAAAGGGUUAUUCACUAAACUGAGAAUUCAGUCAAUUUCAAACUUAAGGACACAGACAACUGAAAACGUAGCUGAAUUAGAUUGUUUCCACUUUGGCUAUUUUUAUCUUAUAUUUGAAAUUCACUUUGGAUUCUCACUCUAGUGAAUCACCUUGUACUGUUUAAGAUUAUUCAGCCUUACACAUUAAUCUGGUGGUAUCAGUAGUUCACUCCUACACCUGCUCCUUCCUAUUUCCCCUCCACCCGGUUGUGAGUUGUGCAUGGUUACAUUCUUUCAUUGUGGACCAAAUAUUAUAUAGUUAACUGUGGAAAAUUGACAGGUGAAUUUCAUAUUUUUCAACGAACAAUGUGGGUUCCCUGAUCAAUUCUCCACAAUUCCUGGUGUAAUGAAUAAAAUCAGGAGUUGAGCUUUUUGCGGUCUUCUGUAUGGGAGUCGGGGUACUUUGAACUGAUCACAUAUACCAUCUGUACCGUCACAGCAACACUUUUUUGAUGAUGAAGACAGGACCGUGCCCAGUACCCCUACUCUUGUAGUACCACAUCGCACAGAUGGCUUUGCAGAGGCUAUACAGUAAGUUAUGUUAAGCUGUUUCUUUAUUUGACCAACAAGACAUAACAUCUCAGAUAUUUAUUAGCCAUGCCUGAUCGAAUGGAUCAGUGUUUGGGAAUGCAGAUGAAUGUGUCUACCUAACUCAACCUAGCCUUGUUAGUUCCUCAGCCUACAGUUUCCAUUUUAUUCCACUAACCCUUUCACCCUGUUAUUUCUCCAUAAUCCUCCUCCCAAACACAAACCGCUGUUUAGACUCUCUAAGAACCCCAGUUCAGUAUUCCACUCCACAGAAAGCAGAAGCUAUGCACUGAAUAUCCACUUAUACUCCACAGGAUGCACGAGUCUGUCAAAACACACUCUCUCCGCAAACUUUAAAUGGCUAGCCAACAUUUACAUGCAAGCCUGACUUUCACUUGGAAAAUGAUGUGGCAGGCUUUUAACCACUUGAGCACCACAUGAUGGUAUAUGCCAUCGUGUAAGACUUUACUGCAUGAUGCUGUAGGCCAUCAUCAGUGGCCCCAGACUGACACAUGCUCUGUUUGCAGAGCUAUAAUUUAAUUGUAUUCUUUAUAUUGUGUUAACUGUAAUUGACAAAAAUAAACUGGAAUCCUAGGCAUUCUAUACUCUAAAUCAGGACAAAUUAAUUUAUUUAGAAUUACUUUUAUUAAGUUGCACUAAUUAUGCACAUAUUAUUCACAAAACUGAAAAAAAUGUGUGGGGGGGUUCAGAUUUUUUUAAUUUUUAUUUCUCUUUCUCUUUCUCUCUCUCUCUCUCUCUCUUUCUCUCUCUCUCUUUCUCUCUCUCUCUUUCUCUCUCUCUCUUUCUCUCUCUCUUUCUCUCUCUCUUUUUCUCUCUUUUUCUCUUUUUCUCUUUUUCUCUUUUUCUCUCUUUUUCUCUUUUUUUCUCUUUUUUUCUCUUUUUUUCUCUUUUUUUCUCUUUUUCUCUUUUUCUCUCUCUCUCUCUCUCUCUCUUUUCUCUCUCUCUCUCUUUCUCUUUCUCUCUCUUCUCUUUCUCUCUCUCUCUCUCUUUCUCUCUCUCUUUCUCUCUCUCUCUCUCUCUCUCUCUCUUUCUCUCUUCUCUCUCUCUCUCUCUCUCUCUCUCUUUCUCUCUCUCUUUCUCUCUCUCUUUCUCUUUCUCUCCAAACAUGUCACUGUGUGCCAAGAAUUUUGGAAAUCAUAAUUUUGCUAUUUAUAUGUGGAUAUAAAAUAAGAAUUCUGUUGCCAUUAAUAUUUUUAAUAUGUUUUUUUUAGUUCACCUCAGGUUGCUGGUGUUCCUCGGUUUAGGUUUGGGCCACCAGAAGACAUGCCACAGGCCAGCUCUAGUCAUUCUGAUCUCGGACAGCUUGCAUCACAAGGAGGUGAGUCCUUUUUAAUUUAUUCUGCGAUGCGGAAAGCAGAGGAGUCUGGUAUUCAUGAUUGAUGGGUAUUGUUUCUAUUUACUCUCUUCAUAUAGGACUUUUUAGCACGUUUGUUUUUUUGGGGGUUUAUGUUUGACUGCAUUUGCUACCUCGGUCACAGUGCACUAUUUUGAAAUGCAAACCUUAAAGGGACAUUCUAGUCACCAAAACAACUGUAGCUUAAUGGAGCAGUUUUUGUGUAUAAAUCAUACUCCUGAAGUCUUACUGCUCAAUUCUCUUCCAUUUAGGAGCUAAAUCACUUUGUUUAUGCCUCUAUAGCGUUAUGCAUAUUUGUAUUCUUAUUUGUAUUAAUAAUAAUAUUUGUAUUCUUAAUGCUAUAGUCUAUAAUUUAGAAUUUAUCUCCUGCUGUGUUAAUAGAUUUUUUAUUUUAUUUAUUUUUUUACUUUUGGGAUGAUUCUUUUUAAAUGGUUGUUUUUUUUUUGUUUUGUUUUUUGUUUUUUUUAAGCUGUUUUUGGUGAUGGAGGCUUCAUUUUCAUAUAUCUUUGGUUUAGAACACUCAAGUCUUUUUGUUGAGACCAUUAUUUUCCUUUGCUAUACUUUCUCCCAGUAGUAAAUUAUGUGUUGCUCUGUUGGAUAUCCUACUUUGCUGUGUAUUUAUUGCCUAAUUUUACACUGACAUUAAUGAAGUGUUUGCCACACUAAAAUUGAAGUAUGUUUUAAAGGCAGACAAUGUGAGCUAUGGGACUUGGACUGUAUAGUAGUUUUAAAGUCUUGUCCCAUUACUUUUAUUGGUAGGUUUAGGCAUGUAUGAAACACCUCUGUUUCUUGCGCAUGAAGAAGAGUCUGGUGGCCGCAGUGUUCCAACUACACCACUGCAAGUAGCAGCGCCAGGUAUGUUGCAGAAACUUAUUAACACUGAAACUCUUAGAUAAAACCUUUCUGCAUAUUUAAUAUGGUGGGUUGCAGGAGAGUUAAAGUGAAAUGAAGAGGCUGAACAGAAACUGGCACAGCCAUGAUUUGGUCGGGGGCCCUAGUCAUUUAAAUCUGUAGUCGGUAAGACUGUUUUAAAUCCUCUUUAAAUUUAAGGAUUCCUUCUUGCUGGUUGUUUUAAUCUUUAAUAUUGCAACCAGAUGAAGACUUUGUAUUUAAAAUCACUUUUAGAUUAGUUUAACAGUUGCAACUUAUUUUGUUAGUUACCAUAAGAAGAUAAAUUUUUCAUCUUGCAAUAAUUUCAUAAUCUUUAUUCAGUUUAAUAGGUUAAUCACUCAUUUGGAGAGCACCUUAACUGUUCACUGUGUUCAUACAUUUGCAGAAUAACAAUAGGAUUAAGGUCUUUCUGUAUGUUUUUAUUACAUUUCAUUUUUGUUCUGUAAAAGUGCGUUAUCUCUGCAGACAUAAGCUCAAUUAACUUGGAUUAAUGGAAUUAAUUUGCCAAAAAUUCUAAUAUUGCAUGAAUAUACAGCCCAAUGUUACAUAAAUAAUCCCUAUUUCAUGCUGAAUGACCUUUGGGCUGUAAUGUAUCCUAUAAUAAAACUAUCUUAUCCUACAUAUUUGUGUAUAUAUAUUGUUUUGUUUUUUGUUUUUUAUAUCUGAUAUGGGCCAUGGUUACUGUUUGUCAUUAACAACUCAUGGAUUUGUCUUCCUAUAUUCAGCAAUGCAUAAUGAGUUGGCACAAUUAGAGACCAUUCUUAUGUUUAGAGUAGUGUAAAGUUUACUAUGUCACAGAUUUCUUAAAAAAAAACCUUAAUAGCUAAAACAAACAUGUUAUUCCAUUUGUACACACUCAGAUUUGCAAGUUACUUUAUGAUCACAAACUCCAAUUUUGCAGCAAGAGUGAGGACUAUUAAAAAUGAAAGUCAAAAUAGUUGCUCAUGACUUAUGAAUUUUUUCUUUAGUGUACAUCAAAAGUAUUGUGUUCAGAGCAAGAAUGGGCAGUGAUGGGCAACGUUUUGCCAUCUGGAGGCUGUGAUUUAAACUUCCAUGAUGCUGGCUGUUCACUGGGUGCUUAGUCCACAACAUUUGGAAUGGCAACGUUUCCAUUUCCUGGAAUACAGGAACAACUUGAUUCCCAUAAAACUGUAUUUUGGUUUAUUUUUUUUCAGUCUCUGUUUUUGCUGAGAACACUGCUGCUGAUACUUCAGACCACGCAUCCCAGUCUGUUCCAAUGGUCACCACGUCCACUGGGAAUGUUACUACUGGUGUGGACUCCGGAGCAGCCGAUGAAGGAGAUGAGGUUUUUGUGGAAGCAGAAUCUGAAGGGUAAUUUUGUUGUUGUGUGUAUUUUUUUUUUUUUUUUAAUUCUUUAUUUUUGGUUUGACAAAGUAGAUGGUAAUCAUGAAAGCAGUUACAUUUAUGUACAUGACAGCGCAGUGUCAUACAUUAGCGUAUAGAAUGCAAGUGACAGUUGUCAGUUUAGGCAUAUCAUAUACAUCAAGUUUUCUGUGGGUGUCUUCGUCUGAACUUUUGGUAUAGGUGGCAAGCAGUGUUAACUAUAUACAAUAGCUUUGAUGUGAAGGGUUAGGCUUAUAGAGUAGAGUGUCAGUCUCCCCGCUUCCUGGGGUAUGCGACUGCGCCCUCCCUCCCUUCUACGCUCCGUAAAAUGUUGGUGUGCUUUUAUCUGCCUUUCCCCUCCUGCCUACUGACAGGUCUAGGGUGCCUGCCUUCAAGAGAGAGAUAGAAAGGAAAAGUAAAGAGUUGGAGACAAGUACAUGCGUGCUUAACGGUAUCAGUUUGAUAUGGUUACCGAGUGAACUACCGAUGGGGGUAGUCAGUUCCCUUAAGCUGUGUUUUAUGUACUGGGUCCAGCCCCACCCCCGUCUAGUAGUGGUGCCUCUUCCGCCUGUCCGAGUGUUGGUGUGGUGGUUGGCGUGUGGUGGGCCCCUGCCCCGCCAAUUGAAAGUUGCGUGGAUGCUGCCCCGAGUUGUUGUGCUAAGUAUCGUACUGCUCCCACAGGUCCCAGACUUUUUGGAACUUAGUCAUGGUGUUUCGCACCUGAGAGGUCAAUUUAUCCAUUAUGUAAUUGUCUCGCAUUUUUGUCUUAACCAGGGAUAUAUGUGGGAGGUCUGGACAUGACCACUGUUGUGCUAGGGACCUUCGGGACGCUAAAUAGAGCAUGUUAAGAAGUCUUUGCUCGUGUAUGGGGAGAUCCUUUGUGGGUCUUGAAAGCAGACAUGCCCAUGGGUCUAAUCCCAGUGUAUUUUUUUUUUUUUUAAUGUAUGUAUGUGUGUAUAUAUGUGUGUAUAUAUAUAUGUAUGUAUGUAUGUGUGUGUGUGUAUAUAUAUAUAUGUGUGUGUGUAUAUGUGUGUGUGUAUGUAUGUGUAUAUAUAUAUAUAUAUAUAUAUAUAUAUAUAUAUAUAUAUGUAUAUGUGUAUAUAUGUGUAUAUAAUUACAGUCCACAAUGUCUUUGCACUCUGGCUUCAAAAUAAUUAAACCGGGUGCUUGAAAUCUGGGGGAGUUAGCACAUAUUAAUAGAGGAGAUGACCAGCUCUCACGGAUUUCCAAGUAGUGAUUAAAAGAGCUAUAAAUUUAUUAAUCCAUCUUUAAAAAGCUGCCUCAACGUUUCAGUCCACGUCUGGGACUUUCUUCAUGUUGAACAAAGUCCCAGACGUGGACUGAAACGUUGAGGCAGCUUUUUAAAGAUGAAUUAAUACAUUUAUAGCUCUUGUAAUCACUACUUGGAAAUCCGUGAGUGCUGGUCAUCUUUUAUUGGGGUAUAUGUAUUUUACUUUAAUGGUGAGCCAUCUGAAAAUGUAACUAUUAAAUAAAACUAUGACAUUAUUUUUUGUUUUAUUAAAGAGUUGACAAAUGAUCUGGCCACAGCCAGGACACAGAUUGCAAAAGAUUAAAAAGAAACCCAAACAUUUUUCAUUUCUUCUUUCUGUGUAUACUUUCUCAAAGAAGUAAGAUGGAAGCACCAGUUGCAAGAAAAAAUAAUUGUGGAUUUUUUUUUAAUUCUUUAUUUUUCGUGCAUAGGUUAUACAUGUAACAGUUAUCUAGCGAUGCCACAACAGCUAUCGCCAGGGUUUGAGUAGACAUGUAAAUACAAUUGUAUGGCAGGAAUAACUUCGCACAUUUUUAUAUAUAUAUAUAUGAGAAGAGUGGUUAGUGGUAUAGCACUGUUCCAGCGUGAGUGGUUAUGUCCAUAUAGAGACCUUCAGGUUAGGGAGCAAGGGCUAGUGUGCGUGUUGACCAUCAGGUUAGAUUUUUGUUAGGUAUAUACAUGGGUUUAAGUGUUAUCAGCCCUGGCCGCUCGAUAGAGUAGUGCCUGUCCAAACUGUGGGCCGGUUUUGCAUUGAAAAUCACACUGCCCAGUCGCCUAAUUCUAGGUGUACGUGUCCCGUGUUUCCUCUACACUUGAUGUAAUCUAUGCUUCAGUCGACACCUAGCGCGUCCCAACCGAAUUUAGCGGCAGCAGUUUGGAGAAUCGCCAGCCAACCCGCGCAUCCACCCCCAGCAGUCCCAUGAAUACAAGCUUGUUUGCUCAUGGAUAGUUAUGGGACAGGAGUGUUGCGGGCAAACUGGCCCCUCCAAAUCACGUAAGCCACCCAGUCCAGGCUGCGAACUAUGUGCUCCAGACUUAUUAUGCAUAAGACUUAUAACUUAUUUUUCGUUUCAGAGUGCUAGAUCUAUCUGUGGUGUUAAGUGGUCUGUGGUGUCAGUUGGUUAGUCGUGAGAGUAUCUUGUCAGGGGGCCUUAUCCGUGGUCCGUUUGAGUUGCUCUCGAGGGGUAUUAGCCCUAACCUAGGGGCUGUCGGGGGGUAGUUAUGUUCUGUAUGGUAGUGCAUAUUCCUUUAGCGCACUGGUAUUCCAGCGCCGUCCCUGACAGGCUCUCAGCGCGUCAUAUGGGUAUUAGAGCGUCAGAUUAACUUGCUCAUUAUCAACAAAGCUUGAGUGGCAGAAGGUGAAAGGGUAUAUGAGAAAAACACAAGAAAAUACAUUUUGCAGUUUUUAGCCUUUGAGCGGGAUGGAGUAGGAGACUUCUCCCCUCAUUCCCGUCAUGUGGUGUGAGUGUCCCUUCUCCGUGUCCUCGGGGUGAACGGCUCUAUCGUCUCCGGGUCCCAGGCAUGGGUGGCGUUCUGGGCGUGCUCUGUCGGCGGACCCAAUUUUGGUAGUAGCGCGGCUGCAUCGGGUCCUGUAGCGAUUUUGUACGUGUUUCCUCGAUGUGUAACCAGGAGGUGGCGUGGGUUUCACCACCGAUAUGGUAUGCCCGCUGAACGUAGCUGGCUGGUGAAGUCGCUGAGGGUUCUUCUCCAUUGGAGAGUGGCUCUGGUUAAGUCUUGGUAAAAAGUCAAUUGAGACUCCUCGAAGUUGAGCGGUGUCUUGCCCUUGAGUGCCGACAUUAUGUGCCCCCUAUCCUGGGGAAGGAUGCAGCGGACUAUGACGUCUCCUGCCAGGAGUGUCGAUGCCCUUGUCGGGGUGGGUAGUCGGUAUAUUCCGGCAAAGGUGAGUUUCUUUGCCACCGCAGGAGGAAGUAUAGCUUGCGUGAGCCGUCUCACAUAGUGAGGUAGGUCCUCUUUGGAGACUGUGCCAGGGAUACCUCGGAUUUUUAUGUUAUUGCGUCUGUGUUUGUCUUCUUGGGCUGCUAGUUGAACCUCGAAGUUUUGUUGAUUGUGUUGAAGUUGUAUGAGGGAGUCUUGAAGCGAGGUGAUGUCUUUUUGGAUCCCCUGCACUUCUCUCUCAGUGUGUACUACUUUUUCAGUGAUUUGUUGCAUGCUUGUUUUAAGGGCAGGUAAAUCUGCAGCCAGCAGGCUUUGGAUUUCUUGCAGCAUAAUUUGCAUGUGCUGCAGGUCCUGUUUAGUGGCCGGUUCAGUGGUACCCUGCUGGGGUGUGGGUUGUAGCCGUGGAACCUCCUGUGUGCUUUGCUCCCUUAAGUCAGACUCUUGUGGGGAGUCUGGGCCUUGUGCGGCCGCCAUUUUGGCGGGUGUUUACCUCUGGAGCAUUGUGCUUAUAUCGGGCUGAGCUGUACCUGGUUGAGGUUUCUGGGAUCUGCGUCCCAUCCCUGAGGUUCCGUGUUCGGAGCUGUGCUGGGACGUGUCCCACUCGUCUUCUAGGAAGUCCCCGCCUAACAGGUAAUCCAGGCCGUGGUGGGCUGAUGGAAGGUAGGCCCGUGCUCUGUUUUGAUUUUGCCUGCUUCGGGGUGUACCGGAAGGGCAUCGGAAGAAUCCGGGGGACCUCCCCCGUGCUAUGCCGGUGUUCUUGUGGUUGGAUGUCAGGGUUGUGGGCUGAUAUUGAGCGGGUUAGGUCCGUAGAUGUCGGAGCCCGCAGAAAUGGCGUCUGGCCCGUCUCGUGUCCAGGCUCCGCCCCCCAUAAUUGUGGAUUUAUAAAUAAAAACAAUUUGCAAACCUCAUCCAAUAAAAUUAACAAAUGUAUUUGUAAGUAAAUAUAUUAAAAAUCAUCUUACGUACUGACCUUCUUGCAAAGUUCCAAAAUAUUUCAUUGUUCCAGUAGUGUUGAACGGGUUCAUCAGUUUGUACAGAUGGUUUUAAACUGGAUGAAUUUUUGCAAAACAUAAUUUUCUGGGAUAUAAUUUUUAAUAUGUGAGGUAAUAGCUAUUUCAUGCAAGGAGAAAGUUCACUGCCUUUCUAGUUUCAAGGAGUUUUUCCUAGUUUUGGAUCAACCACAAAACCAUACGUAAGAAAGUAAGGCUGAAGGUGAUGGACACAAGUCUCUUUUUUAAUAACUAUGUAAUAUGAGGUUUCUACCUGGACAUAUACAUAACAAAUGUAGUACUAAAGACUUAUUUUCUAAUUUCCUCCAGAAUUGGCUCUGAAUCCACAAUAGAGAUUGAGUCUCAACAAGAAGAGGAAGCUGCGCAAGCACCUGAAUCAGAUCUUCCUUCCACAAGCCAAGAUCCUUCAAGCAGUUCUGCAGGUAAAUAUUUUAUUCACACUUUGUUACCCAAGUGAAAGAUGGAUACUGGGAGCUAGUGAUGUAAUUUCAUUAAACAAAUAGUGCAUUGAAAACCUGUCACUACUCCUACACAGGUGGGAUGAAUGUAUAGCAAAAUGAGAAAUUGGGAGAUUAUAGGGAAGGGAAGAUAUCGGUGAAUAUAGGUUACAGUGAAGGAAUGGACAAUGGUGUAACAAGUAAAGGGAUAGAUGGAAAAGGGGAGCAGAAUGAAUGAUGGAGUAGGAAGGGGACGCAAAGUAAAUAUACUGUGUAAGGACAUUAGAGUUUAGAAGUUCUCUUAAUAGACUACAGAGGGGCUAUCUAUUGGUUCAUGAUUAUAUUGCUCCUAAUGUGUAAAGAAAUGUAUAUAUCAUGAUUGAGAUGUGUGUUUAAAAAUUCUUAAUUAAAGGUCUUUAUUUUUUUUAGACACAAGCACCAGCCAACCAAAGCCAUUCAGGAGAGUGAGGCUACAGCCGCAACCUGCAAGGACUGGAGUUCGUGGGCGUCAGUUCAACAGACAACGAGGUUUGUUAAUAUCAUUUGCUACUCCCUCAGUUUCCUUUUAAUAGGUGUACAUAUUUGAAUUUUCUCUUGUUCCUCAAUGGUCAGCAUGAAAAUCAUGCUAAGAAGCUUUGUUUAGUGCAGAAUUAUCACAUCAAUAAAUGCUAUUGAAGAGUUUACUAGGGUGGGGGUGCAUGUAUUAAACCCACUUCUGCAGCACUUCCAGAAUACAAGCACUGCUGUGGUUCCAAAAUGCUCUGGAGGUGCUUGUUUGUGCUCUGACAUCUGCUAAAGUUCUGUGUGCAAAUAUGUGCCUUCCUAGUACCCAUGCUUGCAGUAUUUGGCAGUGACCGGCAUGUUAUGCUUUGGCUUUGCAAGGAUUUCUUGUAUAUAAAAUGUUUUUUCAUGUUAAUAGAUUAGUUUUAGUUACUAAUUGGCAUUAUACAAAUAUAUUUGGGUCAAUACAAACCAUUGUCUGGAAAUCUAUUCAUGAACAGGACCAUACAUUGGACACGAGGUCAGGUGUUUAGACUGGAAGAUAGGAAAUUAACAGCUCAUUGAAGUGGUCUUUGUGCAGUGUCCCAGCACCCUUAACCACGCAAACAUUCAUUUUUUUAUAUAUAUAUAUAUAUAUAUAUAUAUAUAUAUAUAUAUAUAUAUAUAUAUAUAUAUAUAUAUAUAUAUAUAUAUAUAUAUAUAUAUAUAUAUUUUGCAAUAAUUAGCCUUGUGGCGUAACUCCACCUCUAGUGGCUGUCAACCAAAUGUCCUCACUCUAUUCAUGAGAACAUCCUGUCUCUCCAGAAUCCCAUAGGAAAGUAUUGUAUAAUGCUUUCCCAUGGGGAAAUCCUAGUGCACAUGCAUUAGGUUUCUUCUGCCGGCUGACGUAUGUGGGGGAGGAACAGAGGCGGACCCAAGCAGCGCAGAGGGAAAAAAACAUUGUUUUCCCUGACACUAUAGUUUCCCUUUAAGAACAAGGAUGUGGAAUUUUCUGCCUGAAGAGGUGGUUUUAUCAGGUGUGUAAACAGCAAUUGGGUGAAUCCUUGCGAAACAUAGUAUAUAAGUUUUAAUAUGUGGCAGAAAAACCUCUUGAUCCAUGGAGAUUUUUGACUGCCGUUUUAGGUUUGAGAUGGAAUUUGUUCCUAGUGUUUUUUUUUUUUUUUUUUUGGCACAACCCAUGUGAUAGUUGGUAGGUAGGCCAGAAUAAUACAUUUUAUAGAUGGUAUGAUGUAUACAUUGUAUGCGUUUUUACAUUUUAGCAAAGUCAUGGCAAGUGCAUUUAACCGAAAUAGGUCUGUACCAUAGAAACCUAGAAUGUGACAGCAGAUUAGAACCAUUCGGCCCAUCUAGUCUGCCCAAUUUUCUAAAUACUUUCAUUAGUCCCUGGCCUUAUCUUAUAGUUAGGAUAGCCUUAUGCCUAUCCCACACAUGCUUAAAGGAGCACCGUAGGGUUAGGAACACAAACAUGUAUUCCUGACCCUAUAGGGUUAAAACCACCAUCUAGCCACCCUGGUCCCCUCAUGCCUCCUUGAAUAUAGUAAAAUCUUACUUGUAUUCAAGUCUGGAGCUGCUUGCUUUGUCUUUUUCCUUUAGACCUGCUUGAUGACAUCAUCAGAAGUGGUAGCCUGAUCCAAUAUCAAUGCUUCACCAUAGGAUUGGCUGAGACUGUCAAGGAGGCAGAACAGGGGCAGAGCCAGCAUGAUUCAAACACAGCCCUGGCCAAACUGCAUCUCCUCAUAGAGAUGAAUUGAAUCUCUGUGAGGAAAGUUCAGUGUCUGUAGAGGGAGGAGAUACUGAAUGUUGUGAUUCAAACUAGGCUAAAUUGAGGUAUGAAUCAGCUCUAGCAGCCAUCUGAGGAGUGGCCAGUGAAGUUAGCACUAGGCUGUAAUGUAAACACUGCAUUUUCUCUGAAAAGACUGUGUUAAUAGCAAAAAGCCUGACAUGAAUGAGUCUACUCCUCAGAACAAAUGCAAUAAGCUGUGGUUGUUCUGGUGACUUUUUUUGUGUGUAAAUUUAAUUUUUGUUAGUUGAAUGCAAAUAAAACACGCAAACAUGGCAGUUGUAUGACGGAGCGGUCAGGCACGCAGGUCUCCAUUUGUUUUUGUUUUUUUUGUUGUUGUCAACCAAUAUACAUCCAUGUCAUGUUUUUUGGAUUCGCAGAUCCAAUUUGGUUAACCUUAAAUUAGAGUGUAGACUAAGCGUAGUCUUCUUACGCUAUGUGAUCUGGAGAACCUGUUUUACCUGUCUGCCUGUAGGUAGUUAAGCGUCAUAGAUCUACAUUAAUAUUUGUGGACAAGCAGGUCCCUUCAACAUUUAGUUAGUGUAAUCCUGGCGAAUCUGUCGUGCUCCUGUGAUCUUUUUCUGCCCCGUUAAUAGGGCGUUGUUUGGUGGUUUUUAUCUGUGUAUAGCAGUUUUACCAUUCAUAUUUUCAAAGUCAAUUUGGUCUACUAGAGACUACUGUAUGUGUGAGGUGUUCUCCUGUGUGGUGUCUCCCCCUUGUCUUGGUUGUGUGUUUGUUCAUGUUUUGUGUUGGCUAGUGUCCAUCUCCUCCGGUGGAUCUGGGGGGGGUCGACCCUGAGGUGUCGGUUCACCUUAGGUUGGACUUCUCACUAGAAGUGUAGUUUGGGGUCUUGUAUCCACAUGGGUUCGCUUUUAUCUCUCUUGCCUCCUCCCUUUACUGUCAGCAUCAGGAGUCCUUGUGUCUGCCGGGGCAUUUAUCUGAUGCGGUCUUUGCUGGGGGGUUGUUGGGGUUCUGGUGACUAUAGUGUCCCUUUAAACUCAUUAACUGUGUUAACCUCUACCACUUCUGCUGGAAGGCUAUUCCAUGCAUCCACUACCCUCUCAGUAAAGUAAUACUACAUGAUAUUCUUUUUAAACCUUUGCCCCUCUAAUUUAAGACUAGGUCCUCUUGUUGUGGUAGUUUUUAUUUUUGUUUGUUUGUUUGUUUUCUUUCUUAUUUUAACCCCUUAAGGACACAUGACGGAAAUAUUCCGUCAUGAUUCCAUUUUAUUCCAGAAGUUGUCUUUAAGGGGUUAAAUAGUCUCCUCCUUGUGUUGAUUCCCUUUAUGUAUUUAAAUGUUUCUAUUAUAUCCCCCCGUCUCAUCUUUCCUCCAAGCUAUACAUGUUAAGAUUCUUUAACCUCUCCUUGCAAGUUUUAUCCUGCAAUCCAUGAACCAGUUUAGAAGCCCUUUUCUGAACCAUUUGUAUUGAUUCAGAAUGUAUAGGGUCAGAGGUCGGUGCAAAAGUAGCCAACUACUGGUUAGCUUCUGCUGUUUUACUUGGAACUCUAAAAAAAAAAAAAAUUUAAAUCCCACAUAGGGGGUAGAGCCAAGCAGCACACUGAGCUAGACACUAUUUGCAAUAGCUCUGAGCACGCCACUGAAAAACCAACUAACUUUGGAAACAAGUGUUCUACCGAAGCAAAAACAUCACCAGCAAAUGUAGGAAGCCGUCCCGAUCUUGCAGAUGCCAUUAACUUUUCCUGCGAGUGCCAAAACUCGACGGUGGGGAAGCCAGGCCUACCGCACGGGAGUGGGAACUGAGUGUAACAUACUGGGGCUAUCUGGACACAUACGGUAACUUACCUACAGAGACCUGCUAUAUGGCACCUGAGGGGUCAAACAUGGUGUGCAAGAAACUUACUCGACCCACCUCUAAGGAUGGGGCAAGAAAUCAACCGGCGACCCCCACGUGUACUAGAGGUAUGGCCGCAACUCAGCCUGAAGCUGCCCCACACCACGCACAGCAGGAAUAGUGAUAGCCGAUGCCCCAGCCAUUGCCAAUGAAACUGCCCCUAUCAAUAAACAAUGCACUUUCAAAACAUGUUCUCGGCAGAACUGACUCUGGUCAAGACAAGUGCAAACAGUGGCAGAGAAGGUACAGGCUAGGGAGGAGGACCUACUUGUUUUCAAACAAGGGAUGAUUUCCCUGAGUGAAUCUGUCCAGCAACUAAGAUCACUGCACACCCCUCUAUCCACUCAAGUGGACCAGUUGGAUGACCGGGGAAGACAACACAACAUUAAAAUAUUCACCACUUCAUAAGGCUCCUAGUCGCAAUCAUGCUGCCUACGAAAUCAGCAAAACAAUUUGCUUUCGACUGGGCAUACGGCAUCACAAGCUCCCACCACAGGUCCUAGAGACCUAAGCCUGUGCUGUCAAUCCAUCGCAGAUAAACAAAGGCUCACUGCACAAAACGGGAAAACCCUGCUUCAAUUUGAAUCAAACCUGCAUCACCUUCUUCCAAGAACUCAGCAGGCCCACGCUACUGUGGAGAAAGUCAAUGAAAUACAUUACUGGAGCUCUACAAACCGCAGGACUUGCUUAUUGUUGGACUUACCCAAGAUCCAUCACAGUAGUCAAAGAGAGGAAAACCUUGCGAGCAAUAAGUCCCACAGAGGGUCUGGCCUUCCUCCAGGCACUGGGCAUAUCUGAUGCAACACCUUGGAGUACCAACCAUCACUGGGACGUCUCAGCGAUCACUCUUUGUACCAGGGCAAAAACGAGACUCUCUGCCCUAAAUGUUGCUGACCAUACAAAUGUCACCAAAUGUUUUAGUUCUACCUUCUGCUUUUAUGACGGUUAUUUCUGUAUGGAUAAUUGUGCCUACUUGUUGCUGUUAUACACAACCGCCUUAUGGUGGACAGCUUAGUGCUGUUAUAAAACAUAAACCCACCCCCGCUGUUAGAAACAUAAACCCACCCCUUAGAGAGAGCUUUCAAUGCUCAUCAUGUCGCACGGUAUUAUAAGCCUACAAUUCCCCUCCCUUCUCACACCCCCAUUGCCUCAUAGGUGGUGUGCAGGCCUCUAACCUAGGAGAUAUGCUAAUGACAGUCAUACUGACCUAGAUGCUUAACCGGCAGAGAAGGCUAACAUUUCGACUACCUCCCUCCUGGGCUUCACUAACCUACUUAUAGUUUUUUUGUUUUUUCUUUUUAAUUAGGUGAUCACACUAGACACAAUUGUUUGAAAAUAUUGAAUAUGCUUAUUAAAGGACCAUUAUAGUGCCAGGAAAACACUCGUUUUCCUGGCACUAUAGUGCCCUGAGGGUGCCCCCACCCUCAGGGACCCCCUCCCGCCGGGCUCUGGGGAGAGGAAGGGGUUAAACUUACCCUUUUUCCAGUGCCGGACGGGGAGCUCUCCGCCUCCGAUCCUCCUCUUCGGCUGAAUGCGCAUGCGCGGCAGGAACUGCGCGCGCAUUCAGCCAGUCUCAUAGGAAAUCAUUCAUAAUGCUUUCCUAUGGACGCUGGCGUCUUCUCGCUGGAUUAACACAUUUAUAAACAUGGCAGUUUCUCUGAAACUGCUAUGUUUAAAAAAAAAAAAAAAAAAAGGGGUUAAUCCUAGAGGGACCUGACACCCAGACCACUUCAUUAAGCUGAAGUGGUCUGGGUGCCUAGAGUGGUCCUUUAAUGAAACUGCUUUGUCAUCACCUGCCAAAAUAAAGAAUUUAAAAAAGUUCUGAAGUCUCCACAGUUCAUCUUUCUGCUGUAUCUUGUAACGUAAAACAAUGCAAACAAGCAGUUACACACAUGUAACUAGAUCUGUCAUAUCCUAACCGGUAUUGUGGUUUUUUUGUCUUUUACAGGUGUCACGCAUGCUAUGGGGGGCAGAGGAGGAAUUAACAGAAGCAACAUUCUCUGAGUAACGCAUGUUUUGUGGGUCACCUACGUUGACCCGUUUUUAGAGCAAUAGUGAAGAUAAUGCAUUGUUUUGUAAAGGAAAAUGUCUUUAUUAAUAAAAACAGUAUAAGGUAAUGUGUUUCUUCUUAUCCGUAAUUAUUCUUCAUACUAAGCAGCUUUACUGCUACAUUUCUGGAAUGUUUAUGCUGCCAUACUUUAUUUUAUUUUUUUUCUUCUGGGAACAAAAUGGGGAAAAUCCACACCAAUAUAGUCAAAAUAAUUGAAGAUAUAUUUUUCUGGAUAGGAUAUUGUUAACUGAACUAUCCAGCAUGGAACUAAAUUGAUUGCUAGUUUGUUUAGCUUGGCCAUGUGGCAAUCAAUGUAGGGUCACCAAUAUGAAUAAGGUGUACACGUGACCUCCAUAAGUUGUCAUGGAAUCAAUUUGAAGAAAAAAAUAUUCAAAAUAUAUCUGUGGUGUUAAAGAAGUGUGUUGGAAUGAUGACUAUGAUAAAGGAAUCUAGUGAAGCUGAUUCAAAAGAUAAGUUAAAGAAAUACCCAAGAGAAAAACAGGCCAGAAGCACUGUAUGAGUGACAUUAGAAAAAGAUACACAUUAAGGUAAUGUGAGGAAUAAAUGGAAUAGAAUGAAGCAUGCAUGACAGACUAAAGAGCAGUGUUCCCCCAUUAAUCUGGUGCUCACCUUCCUGCUGUAUGUUAUUGUUUUGGAUUGGCUCAUGUUUGGAAAUAGAAUUUAGCAGUGUGUUACAAAACCUCUGUUUUUAUAGAAAAACAGUAAUCCUAAUUAGGGGACAUAUUCACAAUGUGGAAAAACCAUGUUUAGGGGCACAUGCAUUAUUGCCUUAUUCACAAAUGGUAUUGCUUUAAUGACCAGAGCUCACAAACUGGAAAUUUUAGAGGAACUCUCCUAACACCAUAAUCACUACAGCACAGUAUAGGGGGUUAUAAUGCUGGAUGCCAUAAUUUAACUAAUGGCAUUAAAAGAAAAAAAAGUUUAAAGGGAAACUGCAUAAGCAAGGAAAUUGCAGACCGAAGAAAUCAUUCCUGUCUCCUGUUAGGAACAAGUUUGCAAAAGUAUACGCCUGCCCCAGUAGUGUGCCCCUCACAAACACACAUACUGGUCUAGGUAAGCCCUUAAAAUCUCCAAUAGAAUCUCUUAUCAGGGACAAGAAGGACCUUUGCACUAAUGGACACUAGUUUUUUUUAUAUUGCAAUAAAGUUGCUGUCCUUUUCCCAACUUGCAUCUGGAGUCCUAAUUUCGAGUGGGCAUUACAGACCGUGGAGUGGGAUUUUAAGCCCCCCAACAUCGGGAGAGGCACCCUUGAGCGCAAUCAACAUUUCUAUCUUGUGAGUGCAUUCAUUGAUAGCGCACGUUUAUACUGUUUAACUGUGUUAUACUACUAUUUGUUUUUGUUCUUUUUAGAUUUAGCAGUUUCCCAUAUUUCUUUUUUGUUGUCUAUAUUACAUGCCUUAAAGGACCACUAUAGGCACCCAGACCACUUCAGCUCAAUGAAGUUGGCUGGGGGGGUCCAGGUCCCUUUACUUUUAACCCUGCAGCUGAAAACAUAGCAGUUUCAAAGAAACUGCUAUGUUUACACUGAGGGUUAAUCCAGCCUCUAGUGGCUGUGUCCCUGACAGCCGCUAGAGGCACUUCCGCGAUUCUCACUGUGAAAAUCAGUGAGAAAACGCUGGGCGUCCAUAGGAAAGCAUGCUUUCCUAUGGGCAGUUUGAAUGCGCAUUCGGCGCUGAUGUCAGCAGGAGGAGGAGAGGUCACCGGCGCUGGAUUAAGUGGCUGAAGGUGGGCCAUGAGGGUGGGGGGGGACCUAAUAACCCUAUAGUGCCAGAAAAACCACUAAAGUGGUCCUUUAAGCUAGGACUAAUAUCCAGUUGUCCCACCACGGCAUCUCCGUUUUAAACAGAGCAUAACAUCAGAAGCAAUGUGUUCUAGCUUAAAGGUAAAAGUACAAAGGACCUCAUCCCCAAGAUGGUCCACAGAGAUUCCCAAUCAGAAGGCUCCUAGGCCCAAAUUCCCAUAUGUAGAAAACCUCUUCCCACCUACCCAAAUCCCCCGCUAAACCUCUGUUUGCAAAAUGAAAAUAUAACUUGUAGCACAACAAAGCAGUGUGAAUUUAGGAGGGGAGAAGGAAGCAAUAGUAUCAGAAUAUGAGUGGGGAAGGGGAGGAGGGGGUGUAAUGAGAUGGCAGGCAAAAUAGGAUGAAUACCAGUAGAUUACUGACAGGAGUGCCGUAUAUACUAGAGUAUAAAAUGAGUUUUUCGGCACAAUUUUUGUGCUGAAAAACCCCCACUUGUCUUAUACUUGAGUGAGUGUCUGUAUUAUGGCAACUUACAUUGCCAUAAUACAGACAAGGACCGCCGGGCUCAUUACAAGCCCGGCGGUCCUGUUGGGGGUUGGCAGAGAGCUGUUACUUACCUUUCCUGCAGCUCCGGUCAGCUCCCUUCACCUCCAUUCCGGUCAGCUCCCUUCUCCAGUGUAAGUCUUGCGUGAGCCGCGGGGUCAGAGUGUUUCCACGGGUUACUGUGGCAACGCUCUACGCGGCAGUCACACUGUGAGACUUACAGUGGAGAAGAAGGGAGCUCCAGGAAAGGUAAGUAACAGCUCUCUGCCAGCCCCACUCCUACACAGACCAUGCCACUGGACCACCAGGGAAUGAGAGCCCCCAUCCCUGGCCAGCUAACAAGCAGGGAUGGGGGCUGAAAAUAAAUAAAUAAAAAUUUAACAUAAAAAUAAAAUAAAAAUUUUAAUAUAAUUUACAAAAAAUAAGAAAAAUGCCCACCCCCACCACGGUUACACACACUGCAUCACAUACAUACACACACAGACUGCAUUCAUUAGGUACCCAAAAUAAAUAUUCAAUUCAUGUAAUUUUAUUUAGAAGUUUACCAGUAGCUGCUGCAUUUUCCACCCUAGUCUUAUACUUGAGUCAAUAAGUUCCCAGUUUUUUGGGGUAAAAUUAGGUGUCGACUUUUUUAUAUUCGGGUCGACUUAUACUCUAAUAUAUACGGUAGUUUGAGCAAAGAUCCCUUAAAUUGUGGAUUAAGGUAGCAGGUCUUCGAGUAUAAUUACCAUCAAUGAAUAUUAAAUAAAACUAAAAUACACCAAUAUCAAGUUUUGAUGUUUUUUAAAUUCCAAAAAAAUACUGCCCUUUUAUAUUGCAUGGCUAAAAUGUGCUGGUCAUAGUUUAACUCUUUAUCUGCAAUGGAAGUAAAACAUUGUAGUAAUUAUGUAUAUUAAUCUUCCUAGAUCAAAUAUUUUCUGCUUGUGUUUUUUUUUAUUCUAUUUUUUUAAGUAAAGUUUAAGUAAACAGAAGAUCUGUUAAGAUUAGUUUUCUGUUUUAAUAAAAAAAAA